AUGCUUCCUGCCAUCACCAUGGAAACAGAGGCCAGUCACAUGCUGGAGGCAGCACUGGAGCAGAUGGACGACAUCAUUGCAGGUGAGGGUUAUGAAGUGGAGUUAUCGUCUCAGUGACAAGAGAAUUAAAGACUUCAUCAAGAGGAAAUUGCCAAUGCUGGCUCUGCUGGCUCUGGAAAGAUGAGUGGAAAUCAUGGGGUCUCACAUGCUCAACUUUUACACAAUCAUGUGCUCUUUGAACAACUGAUGUGUUUACAAACUGGCCUCUCAUCAAAUCAGAACCUGACUGGUUCCAGUCUGCUCCACAGAGUUGCUGAGAAAUGAGCUUUUCUUAAAAACCUCCUGAGUUUAAUCUGACUGGGUUGAAGUCUGCCUCAUUCGUAGGGAUGUGUCACCACAUUGCAUGGUGUUGAUAGUAUGGUGGGUGAGAGAUUGUUUGGGCCUAAAAUAGGGUCAGUCAACAUGACAUUUAAAAAUCCAGGAUUUGAACAUGCCUAGGAAAAGGUUCAUCCAUCAGUGAGAACAUUUUCUUACUGGAAACAUAAAAAGUGGAAAGAAUGCUGAUUUUAUGCUGUUCUUUACUGCAAUGUUUUUGUUACUUUGACCACAGUCGUUUUUGUGUACUUAACCCCAUAGCUCUGGAAUGAAAGGGAAGAGCGCGGAAGCGCGGCGUAAGUCAGGUCCGCUGUGCUGACGAGGCAUGCCAAAGCACACUGUAUUUUGGUGAGCGGCGCAGUACAGCAUAAGUAUCCCCCCUCCAUAACUCAGCUCCUCCCAGCGGUGUAAGUAGCAAAGAGGGAGGGGAUAAGGCGUGGAGUAAGUUUGACACAGCCGAGUCCUGUUUUCACCAAUAACAUCGGCUCCUCUCCUCACCUUUAAAUCCGCCACUGGCGAGGCGUAUUACAGUUGAUUACAGGAUGGCGACUGAAGGCAGCCCCUCAACAAGUGUCGUGUGUCGAGAGAGGACACUCUCUCAAAUAAACACAGAGGGAUUUGGUGUGUAUAACGUUGUACCCACUGGUAAGACAAACACCCUUUCCCACGAAUAAAGACACUCACAUCAAGUUGCAUAUAUUUAAACCCCACAUGACAAAGGUGUUUGACAGAUCACAACAUAAAAAUAUGCCAAAAAUGGCAUCAAAAUCAGAACCAACUGUGCGCAAAGGACACAUCGCACUCUGUAGCCUGGCUCUUUCUUUCAUAGAUGUUGGCAUAUAAAAUGAACUUUGCUCACACAACUAAAUAUUAUAAUAUUCGUAUGUGGGCCUAACUCCGGUAUGAAUAUUCACAGAAUUUUAAGGAUGUGAGAACAUCAGAUAAUCGGGUAAUUCUGAAUGAAAGUUUCUUUCAUUUUUUUGUUCAAAUUUUCAAAGUAAAUAAUUCAUCUGAUCACUAAAAUAAAUCAUCUGUUUAGCCUUGCCACCGCGGCAGCAGCAAGAUGUGCAGAUGACACGGAGAUGUGUCCGAGACGAGCUAAGCGAGAAAGAAGAGGAAGAGGGAGAGAGAAAAAUGGGGGGAGACAAAUUAAAUAUCUUGUUAACUUCAUCAUGUGUGACUAUUUACUGGAUAUUUAAUUAAAUGCGGUUUCAGCUGUGUAAAUUCGGUCAGGUGGAGUGUCCAAACCUGUGCCAGACGCUCUCAUCCAAUAAGAUAUAGAUCAGAAUAUGACGAUAUAGAUCAAAUUAUAUGUGCUGACUCAGAUAGUUGCACUGAAUAUUGGUUGUUGUUGAUUAUUUAUUGCACUGAAAUAUGCCUGACACUGUGGAAACCUGCCGGUGAGGCAUCGGGGAAGUAAGUGCAGUACGACGCCGGUCUACCAAAAUGCCACUAGACCAGCUGCGCUCCGCCUGUGCUGAAAGCUGACCAAGUUUGAAUCGGCGAGCUUUCAGCACACUUUCCAUGCCACUGGCGGGCACGAAAAUGUCACUGCGCCAGCUGAUUCUGUCUACACCUCCCCCUACCGCGCCACCACACCCAGUUUGGCAGACCUCGGAUCACCUCAGUCUAUGAAAAUACCAAACUGGCAGUGCACCGGGCUCCGCCAGACAUAACUACCACUGCGCGGGGUGCGCCACCCUCUGCCGCGCCGCUGGCGGCCACGAAAAUAGAGCCCUAUGAGGUUUAGAGACUUAAAGAUGGUGGUUUAAAAAACUGCGUUGCACUUGUGACACUGUUAUUUUUUGAUUUGUUUUAUUGGUGUGUAUAUAGUAAGUGAGAGUGUAAACUUUGUAUCGGUGUACUGCAUGUUAUUGCAUGUUUUGUGAGUAAAAGAAGUCUUCUUUACUCAGCCAGUGCAUCCUUGGCCCACAUUACUGGACUGGCUGUUUGAUAAAUACUUUGUUUUGGAGUCGAGCACACAAACAAUAAAGAACAGAGAUAGUGUCCAGAUGGUUACCAGAUAUACACAAGAAAAAAAUAGUUUCCUGGUUACAUCCCCCGUGCAAAUGCACGAGCUGUCUUAUUUUGUUUUCUUGAAUAGGACCUGCACAAUGUAACUCAAAAAAGCAUGUGAAGCUCAUCAGUUCCCUGCCGUUUGGCUAAACCAUGCUGAUCUCAUUCAGCGCCCUGAGUUGCUUGCUCUCAGUGACCACAAAUAGAAAUACAUUAAAAAUCCCAUUAGCGAUAACAUCAGCCAAUCAUUAACAAGGAAAUUAGAGACACUUAUCAGCAGAAUUUAGACAUGUUGGUCAUAUUGCAUUCCAUGAUCAACCUUGUUUUCCCGCAUGGUUUAACUUCUUGUGGGGUAACAUGUGAGCACUCAGCUGCUUAAUGACUUUCAUAAUGAUGUUGCUGUGACCGAAAUAGUGCUCUUCUCCAAGAGUUCCCAAACUUUUUAGCUCAUCACCUCAAAAAAACAGGACAAGAGAUUGGUGAUUCUUGCUGUCCUUAAAGGUAGUUUAAUGUUACGCACUGCACCACGCACACACUAAGUGGCUAAAACAAAACAUGAGAAAGACAUGACAACAACAACAACAACAACAACAACAACAACAACACACACACACACACACACACACACACACACACACACACACACACACACACACACACACACACACACACAAACAAUAGAUCAACAUUGAAAAAAAAUAAGUGGAAAAGGAUACCACACAUUAUAAGCUAGGGAAAGUACUGUAUCUGAAAACAACUAAGCAGAAUAAAACUAACUCCAGAAUAAUGUGUGAGACACUCGUUGACACCGUGUUGGGGCCGCAUAAGGGCCUGUGUCCACUAACCAAAUCUUUGGCACUGACAGUACCCUCAAUCUCUACAGUAUAGCUCUCACUGAAACUUAUUUUUGCCUUGUUAUGUUGCGUUUGAACCAAGCAUGAGUAAAAUCAUUUGCACAAGUGGAUUACAUGUGAGCUGUUGCGUCGCAUCCAAUGUGCUUCUUGCUUUAAACGCCUAUUCAUUAAAGUUUAAGAUAUCUUGCCUUAAGUGAACGUUCACGCCAGGAUAACCAAUCAUAGAGAUACCCCGGUACUUAGGUCAAAAACAGAGUGGCGGAUGUGAUGUUGAUUUCAAAACUUUCUGUAAGAAUUAAAAAAAAUGAAAAUAAAAAUUAGCAAUUUUAGAAAACACACUUUUUAAAAAUGCAGUGGCAUUCACAUUAUCUGUUGUUUGAAAACACAUUUUUUGCAGUUGGUUUAACCCAGUUUAAUUCAUGUAACUCCUCAUUCAAACAACAAUCAGUCAGGGUUUUGUCCUUUAAUUCCAACAUCAUUUCGUUAUGACAUAUAGUUCAAAGCUAAUGCUGAAAAUUUCUCAAAUGAAAAAAAAACAAUGAGUUGUCCUGAAUGCUGUGCUUUCGUUUUUCUGUAGGAGUUAACAUUGGAUUGAACUAAUGUUUUCUUCACUGUACUCUGUAUCAAACACAGUGAAGUAUGCAUGGAUAGAUGGAUGGAGAGCACAAGAAUGGCCUUUUGUUCUGCUUUUGUUAUUGUUCGCACAGCUGGUAUUGUUACAUGCUCACAUUGAAUAUAAGAUGCAGCCAUGAGUUUGUGCACUGUCGCUCUCAAUGUUCUAUCCAUUAUUACCAUAGACUGUAUAUACUAUGGACAACCUGGUUCCGCCUUCCGCCUGUAUACAGAUUUGAAGCCAAAAAGCUCUCUGUAAUUCCGGGUUUUUCUCCACUUCCUUGAAACCGGAGCUGCGCAGUAGCGAUGCACGCAUUUGGCCGCGCAGUCGCCGAGAGUUGCUGUGAUGACGCUCGGCUCAAACAGCGUAUCCCCCCCGGGUGAGCUACGCAAUCCCUGAACGCCCAUAGGCUGUACCAGGUGUCAAUCAUAGAAAACAUGAACCCCCUAAUAACUUUUAAAAACAGAGCUGUACAGAAAAAAAAGGACUUGGGCACAAACCAGUCUUACAAUAACUACAUGUCAACAUCACAAGCAGGGGGGAGAAAAAUGUAUGUUCUGUGUAAUGAAUUUCUAAAGUUUGUCCAUUUGCUGGCGGAGGCGAGAUUUAUGACCUGUACUGCAGCCCAUCAACACAGGGUGCUGUUCUCGGAGUGGCUUCACCCAGCGAGGAGGCAGACUCUGUCCAUUCUAUAUACAGUCUAUGAUUAUUACAUACAAACUAUGUUUGUAACCUAUGGCCUUCAGAUAAACUAUGCCAGGGUAAACAGUUAUAUUACAGGAAUUUCAUUUCACAGGUAAGUCCAUGGAUUCGAAAUGAAUUUAGCUUCCAGCCCUUCAGAUACCCAUAAACAGAGAUAUUUCAUUAUAUUUGUUUUUAUCAUGUGCUCUUUAAUAAUUAGGGCUCAAUGUGUGGAUGGGUUACUAUUAUUUAUGAGAAAUCCUUUUAUGAGUUUAUGUGUAUGUGUAUGAGAAUAUUUCAGUGUGUGUGUGUGUGUGUGUGUGCGCCUGUGUGUCUGUGUGCGUGCGUGUGUGUGUGCCCCAUUUGGUAUAGUAUAGCCAGGGGCAUGGUCCAGAGGACGCCUAGACAAUUUGGAAACAGGGGACUUAACUCUGUGGUUUGUUGCCCAGUAUCCAAACUUCUCAAAAGAAACCUGGACUCCUUGCAAAUUAGCAACACUUGAUGGAUUUGAUUUCUCAUGCGGUUACCUGUCUGUUUUGUACGAUGGCACCACUCCUCUGAUUAUUACAAGUAAAUAUGUGCCCUUGUGUCUUUUUACACACACUCUGCAGGGUCAAAAGCAGCGGUGGCAGAGUUCUCGAACAGCAUGUAUGACCUGGGUUCUCCAGUUAGUGCUGGACCGCUGCAGGUCGUCCAGUUGGCUGAAGACCUCAAACUCGCCCUAGAGCUCCAUCCCAACCAAGAGGAGAGAGACAGCCUCAGAGCACAACUACCCACUGAGACAGCACGGGCUCUUAUAGACUGGCUUCACACUGGAACUGUGAGUACAAUAUGUUCUGAUCUACACAUUGGCUCAUCAUGGCAUAUUAUCCAAUAGUGGAGUUAAGGACAUCUUUGUUUCUGUCUUGCCAUGUUUAAUUUGCAGCUGAGCCCAGACCCGCUGGAGAAGUCUUAUUUGAUUUGUUUUUUAUGAACUUUAUCAUAAUGGUUUUAUUUUAAUGAGCAUUCAAUAUAGUUGAAUUCCAGUUUAUGUGAUAAUACUUUAAGAUAGUGACACAUCAGUGCUUUUCUGCCAGUAUUCAGUUACUUUAUUAUUGAUUUAUGUGGAAAAAUGAGCAUCAGCCCAGAUUGUAAACUCUUCUUGGUUCAUGUUUUUUUACGCUUCACUUUUCAAGUAUGAUGAACCACCUCUCUAUUACCAGGCUCUCUGAUUUGUUCAGUACAGUGUCACCCAAGUUUGAUUACAAUUAUAAAUCUUACCCUAGACUUCUUAUCUUAUCCUGUUAUUCAUUCAUUUAUAUGUUGAUUUCAAGUUGCCAAACUCAUUAAAUAUGCAGUCCUAGCUAGGUGAAGUCAAGGCUCGAUGCAACCAUAGCUUGAAAAAACUAAAGUAAUACCUGCCAUCCAAUAAGCAGAAACCCAAUAUUACAUAAUAGGGCUGCAGCUAUCAAAUAUUUUAGUGAUCAAGUAUUCUACCGAAUAGUCCACUGAUUAAUCGAGUAAUUGUAUAAAGCAUUUUAUUUUUAGUCAAAGUGCAGUAAUUAAUAUACAGGAGAAACUAAGACUUUUAACUUAAUAACAAACAAUCAAUUGUUAUCCUUUUUUUAGAAACAAGGAACGUGGAACAAGCGUGUGCGUUAGCAGGUUGCAAUGCUUGUAAGAAAGCUAAUUAUGAUAUUAGCUUUCAUCAUGCCCCUAAAGACAUUAGUGUCUGAGAGCUGAAUAGCUCCUAUGCUACCUGCCUCUUCUACUACACCAGUAAUGUUAGGCUACAAGCUAACGUGAAGAGGAGUGUGCAGAGCAGUGCUGUCUCCGCCCACGACUCUAGCAUUCAGUCAGCACAACUAUCAUAAUAGUUGUAGUAAUAUGUAGUAAAAUAAAUAAAUAAAAUAAAUAAAUAAAUAAAAAAUUGGGAAUGAAAGUGUCAGAGAACUGAGAUGGAUGAUGUUGUGACAUUGUGUCAGUUUUUGUAAUCGAGGUACUCGAGAAAUCAUUUCAACCCUAUGAUAUGUCACAAUGUGUUUAAUGUUCCUGUACCGGCAACAGAAAAAACGAAAUCAAAUAAUACAAAAAAAAAAAAAAAAGCUAAGGGCAACUGCACACCUGCGGAGGUGGUGGUAUGACCUGUUUAUUUAUUGAGACACACCAAAAAUAAGACAAAAAUCAUCCAGUUAUUUUCCCAGUCUUUUGCCAGAGAGUUUUUUUUAGACCACUUCAACUUUAAUUUGCAAUAUAACUCUCACUAUCUUUAGAAAUCACACAGCUGGGUUCGAAAUUGCACUGUGUUCUCAGUGAACAUGUCUCUGUGAAUAACUGUGUGUUCAUUGCACACAAAAAAGAUGUAUUGCCCGAUGUUACACAAGUUAUAUAAGUAUAUUAAUGAUGAUGUUUUGGAAGUUAACGGAAAAAAUGAGGAAAAUAUGCAACAUGCUAACCAGAAGAACCAGCUGUUUUUUGCUGAGAAGCCUCUUCCAGCAAGGAACAUCUCUGUUUAUAGUGUGCUUUAUUUUUUUUUUUUUCAUAUUUUAGGGUCAGGGUUAUCCUAACAAAUUAGACAAGCUGAACUGGAUUCAUCUGUUCAUUCAGAAGUGAUUAGACAAGGCUGGUUUAAGAGGAGAGCUCGUUCAAGAUUGCAUACAAACAUCUGCUCUUACUGCUUUACUUCUCUUCUGUUUCAGUCCAUAUAACUUUUUGUGAGUCACGUUAUUCAAAAAAUAUUGCACAGACAUGUAUUAGUUACUUUAGAUUCCUUUUUAUCAUACUGCACACAGUUGAUACAACAAAAGAAACUUGAUAAUGCACAGUCCUGUGAACAUCAUGAUGUAUGUGAACAUGUACUGCACACGAUGCCCCAAGCCUGUCUAUUGAACAAAGAGAAAGGGCCAAUAGAAAUUGACGGUUAGUUAUUAAUUCUUCUUAUUUGGUCAAACUGGGUACUAUACUCAGUCAAAAACCCAGAUAGAGCAGUGUGGUCAUCAAGAUUAUUGCAAAGUUUUCUAAAAGAGGACUAGACAGUACUUGAUUUUGGAGGUAGAAAAUCUGCUCUGUAAACUUAACCUUUGAUGAUCGUAAUCUAUCAUCUGUGUUUUCCCCAAAGAGAGAGUGAGAGCGGGUCAGAGGGGCCAGCAAGAGGGUCAAAAGGAAAGGAAUUUAGCUGCUGUGCUACAGAGCUAUUAUUCUGUGCUCUCCUGGCCUGACAUGUCAAUGUUAGGAUGAACUUGGGUUUCAUUCAGUCUCACAUUAGCCUCUCCACUUUUAUUAGCUCUUCUUCCCUUUACCUUUCUUUCUUUCUUUCUUUCUUUCUUUCUUUCUUUCUUUCUUUCUUUCUUUCUUUGUUCUUUACAUAAUUUGAUUACUUCUUAAUUAAAUUUAACUUUAAUUCUUUCUCUAGUUUUUCAUAUAUAUAUUUUACUCUUGGAUGACAUGGGGCUCUGGCCUGAAAGCCUGAUUUCUUCCUAUAAGGAGACCCUGUGUGCAGUCAUUAAAAGUCUUCCGUGCUUGUAUUCAGACAGUGACGAUCAUAGGGAGCAGCUGAUCUGCAGGAGCCACAGCUCUGUUAGGCCUGUUGGUAAUCUAGCUUGAGUGUUACUACAAGGCAGCAAGUGAAGCACUUAAUAUGACUACUUCCAGUAUUUAGAGCAAUAAAAUUGUCUUUAAUUGUUAUUAUGAAUCAUUGUAGGUGGCAGCCUUUGUUGUUAGGAUAGUAAAGUCAGUGGCGAAGUGCAAAAAGCUGCAGUCCCUUAAGUGUCCACUUGAGGCUGGUUCUAAUGCCAUGGACAUCUAAUUAGAAUAAAAAUAAGAAGAACUUUAUUGAUCCCCGAAGGGAAAUUUAAUAGCCAAGGUAAAAUGUCCAUUAUACAGCAGAAAUAAACAUGUCACCAGCCUUCUUCUUUUCUAUAAAGGGUGUUUCCUAAUUCAUCAAACUUUCUGGGACUUGUGAUUAUUAAAUCUAAUUUGAUCAUAUUUAACCUUAGGGCAUCUUUAAGAGUUUGUCUGAAUUGACUGACAAGUGGGUGUGUUGUAACCCACCUGUCAGGCUCAACCCCACUUUCAUGUGGGUGUCUUGUGCAUUUGAGGUUAUUUUGAGUCAGCAUAAGUCAACUUCUGUGUUUAGGUUUCAUUAAACUUCUUUAAAACCCCAUGGCUGAUGUAUCAGGGACCGUGUUCAUGUUUUAUACUAUCUAUGAUUGAUUUAUCAAAACUGAACUUUAUUUUUCGUACAUGUCGCUAAGAUUAGUCUCUGAACAUACAACACAAAGAGUUCUGACAUUUGAAAACCUGAUAUUUUCAUCGCUAUGCUCAUUAUCCUCCAACAUAGAGCUUGUUGCACCAAAAGUCACCGUGUUCUUAAAGUGAGGGAAGGAGAGAAGGAAACAACACAGAGGGUUUGGGAAGGGUUCCAAAAAGUUUUCCUCAGAGACACGAUUACAACUCCACUAUAAUCAACUUCCUGUACUGAGCCCCCUCCCUAACACCCUCACAACCUCUGCCUCAGCCUGCAUGUCCUCUCGGACUUUCUUUAAUUUCUUUCUUUCCUCUUUCCAAAAUCCUCCCCUCACCGGUUGGACACUUUACUCUCUUUCGUUCUGUGCUGCUACUUUCCCUUCACAUUGCUACUCUGUAUAGAUGGACACCCUCUACUUCCUGGUGUGGGUCUGUUUGUAAGUUGGCUACUUGGUGUAGAAGUUGACACUCAGUGCUCAGGAAUGUUAAGGUAAGACCUAAAAGUCACAGCAUUUAAAAAGAGUUAUGUUUGUGUUUUUUUUUUACUCAAAAAAUUUAGCCUUUUUAUUAUUUAGGGAAUUGCAAACUUAAUGUAAAGAUGGGUGUUUUACUCCUUAGUCCACUGACAUGAAGUUGUCAAUAGACUCUGUUGUAUGAGGAUGUUUGUUGGUCUUGCUGUGUGUUAUCCUGCAGAGGCUGCUGUUUUCUGCUUAGACAGUGGUGUCAAGUUUACACACUAACUCAGACUGUUAAAUCUGUAAAGGGGGAGAUGUUGGACCGGGUUCAGCAGCUGUCUGAGCUCUUACAUUGUUUCAACAGCAGAUGUCUCACACGCUGCACACAAUUACUUGCCAACCCCCCCCCCCCCCCCCCCCCCCCCCACACACACACACACACACACACACACACACACCAACCCCUAUUUCUUUGUUUCUCCUCCCCUCUGUCCCCCCAAUUCUACCCUCUCUUAUUCACUCCUUCCUUACCACAUCCUUCUGUCAAAGUUUUUCUCCUGUAGUAACUCUCUUUUGUUCUGUAGACGCGGUCAAAUGUGCUAGUGUUGUGUUUUUUGUUCAUGAACAUUAUGUUUCAUGAGCAGAUAGAAUACAGUUUGAGUUGGGGUUGAUUAGGAACAGAUUAGGAAAUGUGCUGCUAAUGUUUUUAUUCACUGUAAAUCAGGGCAUUUAGUGUUAACACAAACAGCACUUCCCUUCUGGUCCAAAAUGAACAUAUUUUUUAAAUGGUCUGCUUUAUCGCCCCUACAAGUACUAAGAGUUGAGUUACCACCUACGAGGUACCCAUACUCCCCACACAGGUAAAUCUAAUCAAGCCUGCAGGCAACCAUAAUCACAAAAACUUGCUAAACACUAUUUUGCAUGAGUGUGUGAAUCCCCAGUGUGUUUUAGUCUGUUGUGCGCACUUUGGCUCCUACAUGGUUUUUAAUGUGUAGCAGUGAUUUACUCUGCAUGGUUGUUUUAAAGCUGCCUCAGACUUCUAACAAGUAAAACAUCAAAAAGUCAAGAUUAUUGAGUAUGUUACAUUGCAUUCAUUUGAUUCCUAAAUCAAGAGUAUGAUAAAAAUGCUUGACACUGUUGUUGUGGACUCAAGCUCAAACUUCUGAACUGAGCUCAUCCAUUUUAACCAUUAACAUAUCUUCACCCUCUUAAAAUGAUGGCCUAUGUCAAUGAUCAAGUUUUUCAGAAAUUUUUCCGAACACUCUCAGAAAAUGGCGUAACUCACACUCUACGUAGGCGAUUAUACUACAAAUAUAGUAUCACAUGAUCUGUUCAACUGAGGAUUUAGGUAAUUCUACUAGAGAUGGGUAGCAUCAUGAAGGACUGACUCAGGGGAAAAAAAGUCAUUUUUGUCAAAUUGUGACUUAGGCCAUUAUUUAAUGUGACGAUAUUGAAAUGUCUUGCAACAACAAACAUCGUUGUGUUCUCUGUGCUUCACCUCUAAACUCUGGUUCUCCAAUUUACUGUAAACAAGAAGUUUGCCUAGGAGCAAUCCUUAGCAAUCCUCUUAGCCUCUUGGUAUAAAGAAUUUUUUUUGUGUGUUUUCAUUACAAGUUUAAUUUUGUUAUAUAUUUAUAGGUAAGGGUGACAGGAAGACAAACCAGGCUGUCCAAAAUAGCAACUUUGAGGUCCUCAUUGGACACCCACUGCAUAGUGUUAGGGUUUUUGCAGCGCAAGUAUAAUUUUUAUUUUCCACCCAACACAGUUGUCAUUACUUUGCGUAGCACCUAUGUUGUGUAAACAACAAGUGAGUUUGUACCCAUGCUCGCACCCAUGUUGGUCUUAAAAUGACUUUGGUUUGGCCAGGUGCAAAAGUGGCGUGUUGCUACUCUGAAGACAUAGAAGGUGACUACACUCUAGACCAACAAAAACCUGGUCUAAUACCUAGAAUCUGUUAUGCUGUAGUGUCCUGAUAUUUGGAGGGCAAAUUGGUGACACAAUAAGAUGCUUUUUGUAGUCAAACAGACAUGCAGCGUGGCUCCCACUUUUGAUAAAAUAUAAAAAAUUUUUGCUGGGACAGUGAACUUAAAGGGCUUUGAGAUACAAGUGUGUUUUCCAUCAUCUCACUUCAUGAUAUGGCAACAACAAAAGGCUGAAAUCUGCUGACAAAUAGACACAUGCUUUCAGGUGCACCUGACUCUGAAAGAGAAUGAGAGCAGACUAACUAAUAGGUUUGAUCCACGAUACGCCCCAAACACACCAUCAUUAAAUCAAAGGAAUUAAUCUAACCUCUUCACUCUCUGGCCUUCACUUUGCACCCAGAUUGUGCACUCCUUGAAGAGGAAAAUAUAGUGACAACAAACCCUUAUUGUCCUUGUGCCUCGCACUUUAGACUGUGUGCUUUAGAUUUGUUAAAACUGGGCCCUUGGUCAGACAGUUUUCAAAAGUCAAACCUUAGUGUUCUGGUUAGUGAGAAUUACAUUUGUCCAAAGUCUUCAGAUCUGUGUAAAAACACUGAACAAGGAGUUUGGAAAACUACAGCAACAUUUCUCUCCUGAUACACACAGCCCUGUUAUUGCUUAAUCUACUGUUUGUUUUGUUUUGUUUUUUUUUCUUUUUUUUUCUUUUUUCCCAAAAGGACCCCCCCCCCCCCCCUUUUUUUUUUUUUUUUUUUUUUUUUUUUAGCAGAAAACAGCCCUAAUGAAUCAGUUCAAGUGACCCCCGAUUUCAGUGGUGGAGGAACAAAAGUCUGGCAGAUUAUGAAGGAAGUGAAUAUGAAGGUUGUCCUCAUCUUGUCCACCUUCCUCUUCUUCCUGCUCCUCCCUUCUGACCUAGGAACAGGAUCAAAGACCCACGUGCCCUGCAAUUAGUCUGCCCUCUGUGGGAUCCUCUCCAGAGAUAAACCAUUAUGAAAAACACUCACAGAUAAACACAGGAAGCUUCAUUGGGGUUUUACUGGCAGGAAGUUCUUCUCAUUACUACUGACUUAGAUGCCAGCAUGUUUUCAGAUGAUGAUCUUUGUGUUUGACUAACUUAACCAUCUUUAGAGAUUUGUUUCUCUGCACUUACGGACUAGGAUAGGACUAGAGGAUAAAAAUGCAUACAUACACAUAAACAAACUUUUACAUAACAGCACUGAAGAGUCUGUGGCACAGUUAGAAAACUUACAAAUGAUUUCUGAUUUUUAAAUCUUUUACUGUUACUAUGAUUUUGCUAACUCACACCGCUGUUGUCUCUGCCUGUUUUUUAGACUGCAUGAGAUCUUUGUUCUUGUAGACAUGUACAUACAAUCAAGUUCACACAGACCUCCAUGUGCGGCCUUAUAUCGUUCUCGUCUUUACAACCAAUUCAUAAGAAAAGUGUCAUUAGGGCUAGGGAUGGGCGAUAAAUUACCAUUCACGAUUUAUUGUCGGAAAAAUCCCCCACAAUGAAUAUUUACCAUCUUACAAUAAAUGUGAUAAACGCAAGUUGAUGAUGUAAAUGCGAGCGAUAGACUCGCAGCCAUAGCCCACACAGAGCACAAUAACAAACAAACUUGACUGGAGCUAAUGAAGAAGACGUUCCUGAGCAGCUCGUUACUGAACAAGGCUCCACAUGAGGGAUUUCCCUCAAGACUGGGGCUUAGAUGAGUGUAAUCAGGUAUGCAUGGGACAGUGGAUCUGCUGCUGCUGUUCACUCUGUGAAAUAAGAGUUUUCAACAAAUGUUGAAAAUGUUUUUACAUUUGAGACUUGUUUGAUGUCAUUAGUUUUCUCCACAACCUACCACUUAAACUUGUGGUUAAGCAUUUUAUUUGACUACUCCAACUGGUGUUCUCAAGACAAAAUGAGUCAAAAAUAUAGAUUGGAAUUAUAAUAUUUUUAUCAGGACUUUUAUCGUUGUCGCCCGAAUGGCAAAUCUUAUUGUGAUAAAUUUUUCAACAGAUAUCGCCGAUCCCUAAUUAGGGCACAGUUACACAUCCCAAAAACUAACUCAACACAGACGUAAAAAUUGUCACACUCACAGAGACACAUGCAGCCCAGAAAAUCUGGAGUUGUUUAGUUUUGAAGAGUCUGUCACUAAACAGCUCAGUAUUUUGAACUGAGUUUGUACUGUGAAUGAAUCUGUCAUUCAGAUGGAUGACUAACGUGGUUCUGGUAAACCAGUUUGUAAAAUGUAAGUGAGCAAAUACCUUAAGUCUCAGAUAAAAACGAUGAGACAGAAUAUGAAAAAUGACAAUGUUAUGAAGUGUCAGCAGCAUGACAGUACAUGACUUUAUUAGAUAGAGCAGAGGAGGCAGAGAAAAGUCUGGUCUGGUUGCUCAGAUGCCGCAGGUUUGGAGAUUGUGUGUGUGUGUGUGUGUGUGUGUGUGUAUGUGUGUGUGUGUGUGUGUGUGUGUGUGUGUGUGUGUGUGUGUGUGUGUGUGUGUGUGUGAAGAGAGAGAGAGAGUAAGAGAGAGCGAGAACAGAGGCUAAGACUCAGACAUAAACAGACGACAGAGAAAGAAGAAAAACCACCCACCUCUUUUCUGGGCUCGGCCAUUUGGCUGUCAGACUGGCCAGAGCAGGAAGAGAGAGAAAAGAAGGGUAGUGACUGAGAAGUUAAAAACAGAAGAAAAGAGACGGAGCAAGACUGAAGAGAAAGAAGUAGAAAUGCAAGAACUCAAACCAGAAGAGAGAGAGAGAAGGAGGAGGAGGGUGCAGAGGGAGCAGUGAGUGACCAAAAAAAGAGAGAGGAGUGUGAAAGCGAGGAAACAUAAAGAGGGGCAAAAGUAGGGGAAGGAUAAGUAAAAAGAACUGGUAGAAAAAAAGGAGAGUGUUGAAGGAGGAGAGGGACAAAACAGGGGGGAGUUGUCCAACUUAGAAGGCAGAGAUCGUAAAACGCCCUCCUCCACAGCUGUUACCAUCGCAGUCACACACACACAGACACGCACACACAAUCACACAGACACAGUUACAUGACAGGACUCACAUGCUACAGCAGUCUGCUAACUAAAGACUCACUUUGCCCAGUCUCUUGGCACGGCUCACACAUCCUCACAUGCUCACAGUCUGAGUGAGUCGUACAUAAACACAGACAAAGGCAAGGCAGCGAUGGGCUGGGAGCAUGGAGACUCCCAUUGACUUCUACCGGCACUUCUCCUGGCUUAAAAAGGUGAGCACAUCGGACAUUUUCAGUCCUUUUUUCAUAGUUUUAUAAACAGACUCAGCUUGCAUAUAAUCUGCUUGGUUCGAUUGGUGUCUUGGAGGAAAAGCAGGUCUUGUUUUGAAAAUUUUGUGGGAAAGUCCCCUGACUAUCACUUAUCUCACAGGGACAAAGCAUUUUAUUGUCCUGUUCCUUUCGUGUUAUUUCCUAUCAACACAGUUUUAUGAUGCAGUUUCCUCUCACUCUCGAGCAGCGCUGCAUCCUCAACUUUUUGCAGUUCUGUUUGGGCAUGUUGUGUGAUUGUGUGUGUGUGCAUGAGUCCAUGCACAGGCAUGCAUCACAAGGACUGUGUUAUCAGAUUAGGAGUAUUAUCUAUCAGCUGAUUGCUGUUGACAAAGCAGCGCUUGAUACCACCGGAUUCAAUCAGGGACACACUUUGCUACAGGAGAUUUGUGCUGCAGUUAAGACUUGAGGCUUUGAAAAGAAAACUGUCGAGCUUUUGUUGUGUUUUUGUGUUGUCUUGAAGUCAUUGAAGCAGAUUAUCGUAGAUAUACAGUAAAUAACUGCAUCUUUUCCCCGAAAUAUUAUAAGACCCUACUAACUAUGCAAAUUUAGGUUACGUGAUGUAAUUAUCAGACAAACCCUACGAGAUUCAAACAGCUGCCUUUAUAUAGAGCUUUUGAUCGUCUCUGAAAAGUGGUAGUUUUCUUGUAUCACCUUGAUAUGCUGACCUUGUGAAUAUGACCUUUACAUGUAUACUCGGGGUAGGAAUCACUAGUGGCCCCAUGAUACGGUAUUAUUACUUGGGCCACGAUACAAUAUUAUUGCGAUUUUAACAUUUUGCAAUACAGUGAGUAUUGCGACACAUUGUAAUUUAUACAAAUUUUUCAACUGCUUAGCUAAUUUAGCAUUUGUCUUUCCUUUAUGUUUUUCUUAUUUACACAGUAUUUUAUUUUCAUGUAGCACAUCUUGCAAACCUUAUGUUUGUUGUACUGACUUUCUCCCACUCCAUAAUGUCACCUCUGCCAACCUCACUGGACAAACAGCUGAUUUUAUUUUUCCAUUAUGCUAGAUUUGACUUCAUAUUAACAAUUCAUUUAAAAAAUCAAUACUUGGUAGAUAAGACGAUACAAUAUAUCACCAAAAAAAAUAUUGCAAUACGAUGCUGUAUCGACGUCUGUGUUGGUUGACCAGUCCAGUUUAUUGUUGAGGUGGACGCCCAGGAAUCUGUAGGACUCCACCAUCUCAAUGUCCAGACCCUGGAUGUUCACUGGAACAGUCUGGGGUGUCCUCCUCCUUUGUCUUACUGGCGUUGAGCUGGAGGUGGUUUGUGCCACACCAGUUGACAAAGUCAGUGAUGACAGUCCUGAAUUCCCGCUCAUCCCCUGACGAUACACAUCCGACGAUGGCUGUGUCAUCAGAGAACUUCUGGAGGUGACAGCUCCCAGAGUUGUAGCUGAAGUCCGAGGUGUACAGGGUGAAGAGGAAGGGGGAGAGCAGUGUCCCCUGUGGAGCCCCCGUGCUGCAGACCACCAUGUCUGACACAGAGUUCUGAAGCCUCACAAACUGUGGUCUGUCAGUGAGGUAGUCCACGGCCCAUGCAGCUAGGUGACACUCCCGCCCUCUCGAGCUUCCCCUUGAGCAGUGAAGGCUGGAUGGUGCUGGCAGCACUGGAGAAGUCAAAAAACAUGACCCUCACAGUGCUGCCGGUGUUCUCCAAGAUUACUUCUAUCGGUGCAAAUUCUUAUUCCACAACAACAACAACCAUCCUCUUUCUUUCAAACAGUACAUUUCAUACAAUCAUUCAUUAAAUAGAAAAAAACAUACACCAGCUGUUUGUGCUACAUGGUGGUAGUCCAAGAAGGUGACCUCUGUGAAAGAGGAUUUGCUCUCUGUAGAUAAAAGCUAAUUUUAAGCAGACAGAAUCAUUUUAUUCUAGGGCUGCAGCUAUCAAAUAUUUUAGUAAUCGAGUAUUCUACCAAAUAUUUCAUGGAUUAACUAAGUAAUCAGAUAAAACAUAUUUUUUCUACUUUAAGAAUAAGAAUAACUUAUUCUUAUAUAAGAAUAACUUAUUCUUAUUCUUAAAGUAGAAACUCUGUUUUAUCCCUGAGGGCAAAUUCAAUUUGAGUGCAAUUGUCGCAGAACAAUUGCGGAACAAGCAUGUGCGGUAGAGGAUUGUAAUGCUCGUAAGAAAGCUAAUUAUGAUGUUAGCUUUCAUCAUGCUGCUAAAGACAUUAGUGUCUGAGAGCUGAAUAGCUCCUGUUACCUGCUUCCAAUAUGACAUCAGCAAUGUUAGGUUGCAAGCUAGCGUGAAGAGGAGUGUGCAGAGCAGCGCCGUCUCCACCCACGACUCAGAGGCAAAGUGCUAAUGAGCUACUGGAGCGCUGCAGAAGAAAAGCUCCUCUCAUCAAGUAUUAUUUCCACUCCGCACCAAACUUCUCCUUCUGCCAUGGUGACAUAGGCACGUUGUGUCACCUUGAAAAUAAUCCGUGCGAAAACAGUGACAAUUUGAGUUUAUAAAUGAGUACUCGAGGCAGAGAUUAUUCCUCGACCAUUUUUUGUAAUCCAGGUACUCAAGGAAUCGUUUCAGCCCUAUUUUAUUCCUGGUCAUUACAUGACCACAAACAUGUUUAUUAAUGCAUCAUUUUUACCAGUUCAGUUCUGCUAAAUGUUAUGUACUACACACGGUGUCAUUAAAAAAAACCUUAGACAACUUGUUUCAUAAGCUUAAUCAUGAGUUGUAUUGUACGGUGACUUGAGCGCAUCACUACAUUACAUAACCUUAGGGUGGUACCUUCGCAAACAAACAGCAGCCUAUCUGUUCAUGGCUGUGUGUUGGGAAAUGUCUUAAUAGUAUGCUAAAACAGGAAAUUUGACUCAAAGCAGGUCCUCCUGACAGGUCUGUAUGAAACCAUAAAAGUAUCAGAGUCCUCAGGUGUGAUCACUAUUUUAACACCCCUCUAGAAACUCGUGCCACCAGCUUACCUUAACAUUCACUCUUUCUACUCCCUGGGGUUGUUGAUUGCCAAGCUGUGCAGACAUAAAAUAUAUAGAGCCAUCUUUCCAAUUAAAAUAGACUGGAGGGACUGUCCCUCACAAUAUGUGCUUUACAACCAGGACCAAAUCAAAUUAACACACAGCAAUGAAUUAAGAGGUGUAAGGGUCCCUUGUGUUUUCUGAACAAUCUUUCUGACUAGUGCUCUUUUCAUUACGAUAAAAGUAGGAUUUAAGGAAAUUGCAUGGCUGUGCUGUCGUUAUAGAGUAGUGGUGCUUCAAAAAGAGUUGAAGGGGUAUUCCGGCGUAAAUUUAACUUAUGGUCAAACACACCGUAACACUGAGUUAACACCGAGACGAGAGAUAAAUGUUGCACACUGCUUGCUUCUUUAGUUAUACCAACUUCAGCAACGACCACAAGAUAGCAAUACACAGCGAUCUACAUCUCUACACGCAAACCUCAACCAAAAAGCCACUUUAUAGCCACAAAUAAUGCUCAGAACAGCACCUAACUUCAUCAUCAGUAUAUAUAGGGUCCCAGCCAUAGUACUAGCCAUCAAAUAUCUUUUUACCUUUGCCUGAUUCUUUUAGCAAAGAGGCCAAACACAACUCACCCACUCUUCUCCAGCAGCCACUUGUUUGUGGGGGAGCCCUGACUAGUUGAUCACCGAGUACAGUGGAGUUUCGCAGCUCAAGGAAGAACAUUCAUGAUUAUUACUCCAUGGAAAUGCAAUGACAGUGCAAGGGCAGUGUGUUUGACCAUAACUUAAGUUUACGCCAGAAUAUCCCUUUAAGGUAGUGAAACAGGUUGCUGCAGCCGUUACUGCAUAUGUCUCUAUACAUGAUUUUUUUAAAAAGGCACACAUUCACACAGUAGAGUACUGUGUAGAGUUUAUUUGGUGACUCAUCAAAGUUGGCACUUUCCUGCUUGUCUUCACAUUUGUAGAGAGUUGGAUCAUACACAGGGUUGUGCGUCAAUAGGAUCCCACCCUCUAAUGGACUGAGCUCUUACGAUGAAAACUCAGAAAACUACACUGUAUCAAACCCUGAAAAUCCCCCUGUUGUGCAGAUGUUUUCACUUUGGAAAAAUAUUUGCUGUGGGGCUGUAUACUCUCUGCAGCAGCUUCUCAUACAUUGAACCUUUAGUAUUUUCUGCUGUGAAGGGAGGUGUCUUUGUUGAACAUCAAAUGAGCCUUGCUGUUCAGCUCUGAUCAUUUGCUCAUUAGUUUUUUUUUUUUUGUUUUUUUUUUUUUUUUGGGGGGGGGGGGGGUGGGGGGGGGGUGAUGAUCUGCCCCAUGUUUUUGCCCCUCUGUCUACUUCCUUCCUUCCUGACCAACUCAGCCUACCAGGCGAUGACAGACAGAUAGAUAGAACCAGACCUUUAUCAACCCUUUUAAGCACUCUGUCACCUCCCUGAAAUGGUCCAGCUUCUCUGCAGUCUGAUGGGAAUAUCUCUGAUUACAACAUACUUCAAAUACUUUUUUACUUCUCCCACUGGAGUGACAAACAAAAGUCAUUCAGUCACAGGAAAGCAAAGGUUUUUUUUUAAAUCGUAAGUCCCUUAAGUCCUCUAAUCAUUUGAUCAGCUGUUCAAUCCCCAGCUUUUCCAGCCCGCAUGCUCAAGUAACUUUGUGUAUCUUGCUACUGAGUCUUGAAUUCCUCCCACCCCUCAGAUUGGGACUUUGUGAACAUGUAUGGUCAUGUAGUAUAUUGCACUUCAUCUGUGUUUAAAUGUAAGUGUUUUAAAUGGGUGUUGUGUCGACAUUUCCAGUUUACUUGUUUACUGUAAGUGAUGUAGUCAUGAAGAUGUUCUCUCAGAAAGCGCCAUUGGUGGUCUGAAACUCAAAUCUCAGUCCACAACUUCUAGGUUUUUUUUUUUUUUUUCAGUGGGGAGCAUCAGAUCGGACUUUGAGUUAAGAGCUUAAAACACUGAUGUUUACGUUUGAAACUGGGUCAUCAUCACGACAGCAGGAAGGACCUCCUUUAGUGAAGUCAGGUCUACACUACAAGCAGACUUUCCUUUGAAUCUUUGUGUCUUUUUAGGCUGCUGUGUAGUCAAUGUGGGUCCAGUAUAAUCACACAAUAAUUGGCAGGAGUCAGUAAAAACAAAUUGUAGUUAGAUUACUCAUAGAGCACAUAUGGAGAAACAACAAUAUUCAGUUUGAGUUCACUUGGGUUGAUGGCCAUUUUACAGAUUUAAUCCCCCAAUUCUGGCUCCCCUAUCAGCUGUUUCAUCUUCAAUGACUCCUUUGCAUUUUGAGCUGCUAAAUGCUCCACUGUGUUCACCAGCUAAUCAUUUACUCAGCUUGAAGCAGAGCAGAUAGUGCACAAUAGGUUAUCAGAGCUUUCCACUAAGAGACAGCUAGUCCUGCUGUUGAAAACAAGGUGGGCGACAGAGAAGAGGUCAGCAGAAACAGAGAAGUCCCAGGCUCUCAAAUCAAUGAGCUUUAACACUCUAUGAGCCAAAGGGAACCGCAGAGCUGGACAAAGACUGUAAGAGAAAUGUUUUCAUUUGGCUUGGUGUUGAAAUAUGUGAAAAUAGUAAUGCAGGAUUGCACUCCAGUCUUGGCCUUUGGAGUAUACUUUUAGAUACAACAAAAAUUGCUCAGGUAUUCGACAAAUGUACUUCGUGUGUUUUGUCAGGUCUGAUCUUUUAUUUUACACAGCCAUACCACUUAUUUUGUUUUCAUUUUGCUCCACAAGAUAUAUGGGCUAGUGGUGUCAGGGAUCAGCUUGUGAAGCAGGUCUAUUCAGCGCAGUGGAUGUUACAGGUCACAUGAGCAGAUCUUCACAUGAUUAUUAUGAAACAUGAUUUUGAUAACUAUGGUAACUCUUUUAUUUGUUUUUCACCAUAUUGUAGUACUCUGUUAGAAUGAUAAAAAAUUACACUAAAUUAUAGCUGAAACAAAAAACUUUCUUAAUGAUUUGGUUGCCACCAUAGACUGUAUAGAAUGGACGCGGUCUGCCUCCUCGCUGGGUGAAGCCACCGUGAGAACAGCACCCUCUGGUGAUGGGCUGCAGUAUAGGUCAUAAAUCUCACCUCCUCCAGCAAUCCCUAAAUCCCUAUGGAGCUGUGGACAAACUAGAGAUUAAUUACACAAAAUGUAAUUAAUGUAAUUAAUGUAAAUCCCCCCCCCCCCCCUUUGGUUGCAAUGUUGACAUGUAGUUAUUGUAAGACUGGUUUGUGCUCAAGUCCUCUUUUUUUUCUGUGCAGCUCCAUUUUUAAAAGUUAUGAAGGGUUCAUGUUUUCUAUGAUUGACACUUGAUACAGCCUAUAGGUGUACGAAGAUUGCGUAACUCAUCCAGGGGAUACCCUCUUUGAGCCGAGCGUCAUCGCAACAACUCUUGGCAACUCUACCACCGAAUGGGUACAACAGUUGUGCGUCAGUGGAGGUUCCAGGAAGUGGAGAAAAUCCUUUAAAUACUGAGAGCAAUUCGGCUUCAAAUGCGUAUAACGACGGAAGGCGGAACCAAGUUGUCCACAGUAUAUACAGUCUAUGGUUGCCACAAUAAUGUACCACCUUGAACAUUAGUGUGUAGUGUGGUUGUGCUAACUCAUCAAACUCAAAGCUGCUUGAAGUCUUUAACCUCAGCUGAUAAUUCUCAAAGUAAAUGUUAAACUGAGAGUUUGCAAAGCAGCAAACAUCAUUUGAUUGUGUCUGUGCUUCAUAGUUAUAUAAUACAUCCUCUUUCUUAGUUUCCCUGUUAACAGCAGCAGCAGUAUGGGCAGUCAGCAGCACUGGACACACACUCAAAGAUGGGAUAAACUGACCCUGAAGGGAGAAUUGGAAAUUGCACUGAAUAUGUCAUCGAAACCUUAAAUCCUUUCAAAUAGUUUUGCCUGGUUGACAUUUUUUUCUGAGUUGCCGUGAACACAUUUAUGUCAUAAUCCGAAUAAAACCUGUGAACCAGCUGCAGACUGAAGGACAUGGUGCUCUGUGUUGCUUGUGUAAUUCCAUGUUACAAAGCAUUUUCAUCCUGACACAACUUUUUCACACACAAGGCUGUGUACCGUUCAGAAGAUAGCCAUGUCCGCGUUUUCUCAUACAGUGGUCAGAGUUGUUGGUUCCAUGAUAAUCAUAUCACAAGCUGUUGAAAAUGAGGCCUGACAGCAGAUAAGCUACAGUCAGAAAAGUCAGAUGAUCUCUUAUAAUUCCUGAUCAUGUGCUUUUGGGUGAAAAUAAACUAUAUGUGAAUAGCAGAGACUCUGUCACCUCCACGUGCAAGAGUAGGUCAGCCGUUUGUACAUUAGUGCAUCAACAUCCCUUCACACUGUAUGACUGUAUUAUACUCUAAAUCUGAAACCGCAUAUUCACCAUCAGUUGACGAAGUCAGAGGACAGGAGGACCUACGGGCUAUGUCAGGAUUUCAAGUUUCUGCCUUUCCUCUCGUUACUCUUUAGUCACACAACUAUGCUAUGGAAACCAUAAAGGAAAUUAAGUGCUACUGGAGCUCAUGUUAAAUGUAAAGAUACAUAACCUUGCAUUUAAUAAGAAAUCUGCUUAGAACCUGGCUAAACUUCAAUCCAAACUUCAACUGUUGUUUCCAAUCAAGCUAACUCAUUGAUAUCAUGCCAAUAAGAAAAGAUGAGUGCUGUUAUUUGAACUCCUGUCCACUUCUGUGUCAUGUAUCCAGGUGAACCUGUGCACUCCACCCAACAAUGAGAGCUACCAAGAACGACUGCUCCGCCUAGAGGGAGACAAAGAGUCUCUGGUGCUACAGGUGAGAAGAACUCUGUGUUUGUGUUCCCUGAAAUUGCUAAUGCUCCUCAUCUCACAGUUUCUUUCAUUAAAAGUAAAAAACAACUGCUAUUAGGGCCGCUCCCUGAAGUUGUGGAGGGAUGAAAAUUAAUAAGAUUUUAUAGAUAUCGAUGCCAUUAUCGAGUCUGCUUAUAGAUUCAAUUCUUAAACGAUUCCCUUUUCAAUGCCUUUCUUUGAUUUAAGAAAAAGGAGACUAUAGGUUUUCACCAUUGGGCAGCAGUAGCUCACGAGGUAGAGCGUCCAAUAACUGGAAGGUUGGCGGUUCGAUUCCCCCUUAUCCGAGUCUGUUCAUUGUGUCUGUGGUGUAUGAUUGUGAGUGUUGAGUGGUGGCGGUCGGAGAGGCUGUAGGUGCAAACUGGCAGCCCCGUUUCUGUCAGUCUGCCCCAGGGCAGCUGUGGCUACUAAGGUAGUUUACCACCACCAAGGUGUGACUGUGUGAGCGAAUGAAUGAUGUAUCCAAUGUAAAGUGCUUUGAGGGUCUCUGAUAAAGCGCUAUAUGAAAUCUGAUGCAUUAUUAUUGACUCAAAAUUUUAUUGAGUCUCUGAUAACAGAAAAAGAUGUAUGCCACCUUCAGUGAGAGUCUAAAAAAAAUCAAACCACAAUUUAUUUGUACAGCAUUAACUUUCGUCGGUAUGAAGUCAAAUUAGUUUGACCAUAUUCUGGAUCCCCUAAAAGAGGACAUCACUAUGCGGGGCAGAGUCACACGCAAAAUUUUAAUGGUUUUUUUGGUUCAGGUUGAGUGUUUUUUAUGGGUUAGGGUCGCUUCUAACUCAGUUAGUCCAUGCUACACAAACUGAAAACUUCCAUACAAAACCCUGGACAUUUUAAGGAUUUUGCAAACUCCCCCCAGACAGGCUGGAUAGCCCCUAAAAAGAGCACAUGUCCGGGUAAAAGAAGACAUUGUUAAGUCUGGCAUGCAUUAUGCUAAUGUUAACACAGGACAAAUGUAACUUCCAUAUCGUGCUGAGAUGGAGCAGCAGCAGCUGACGACCGGCAUAGAGCAUUGAAUACAUGUGACUCCUUAUACUUGAUGCCGUGCCCAAUUGACAAAUGUUUAAUCAUGUUGCUGGUAUUUCCACCAUUGCAUGUUAUCACUGCUCCACAAAUGUUGCGCGUCAUGCUGUUGUCGUCUUUUUUAGUAAAAUGAAGUCACACUUCAGAUCGUUUCUACCUACUUGCGGACUUCCCUCUAUGUUUUUGUUCUCAAAGUCUUCGUUCUUGUUCACGUAGACCGGCUCUCGUGAGACUGAUUUUCAAGGCACUGGGAACAAAGGAAUUGUUAAGAUAAAAUGUAAACGAUGUCGAUGGAUAGAAAAAUUUGGAACUGGUCCUAAACAAAAACCGGUUCUCGAUUCCCAUCCCUAGCCAAGUGUGAUCUCAAAUAUCCAUAUUUACUGAAGUUGGUUAUUGGUCUUGUUCUCAUUUCUCUCCUUGUGUUUCUUUAAAUCUCCUAAAAUAAAGGCGGAAAAAGGCAACAGCACCCCUUAAUCAUUGAAUCAGAGUAUUUUUUUUAACAGUUCAACUUUUUCCAAAGCAAUUCCCAAAAAUUAUCGUAAUCACCAUGAUCAACAGAGGAGUCAAAAUACAUCUCAGUUUUUGUUGCAGUUCAGCUGUGUUUAUCACAAAGUUUCUGAAAAUCCCAUCUCUGCAAUCAGUGAGUCAGGGAAUUAAGAAGUAUCUAAGUUUUCAAUCGGGAGUCUCUGUACUUUUUCAUGUUAUUUUAUAACAAAACAUGCUCAGACACCUGGAAAUGCCUUAGCAUGUGUUUACUGAGGACAUUCAGAGCAACUAUAAACAUCAGCUUAAGUACAAGAUUAUACUGUAUAUUCCUGCGUGGCAUGACGUCAACAGGUUUUCCACUCUUAGAUCAUUUUAAUAGUUGGUUCAUACAGCUGUGAUUUUCACAGUCAGCCUUCACACUUUAAAUCCCUGUUUUAGACUCAUCUCUGUUUGCAAACAUGUAUUUUUGUUUUCUGUGUUAAUGGCCUUUCUCAAAAGUGUACUAACUGGAUGGCUCUGCUUUGUAAAGUUGUCAUAAAGUCAAUAAAGUUGAGUCUCAUCAUGUCCCACCACCUCUGACACUCACACACCCACAUGUUACACAAUCCACGUCUAAGGCCUGCUGUGAUUGGCUAACAUGCAAGGUGACAGGGGCUUAUUUUUCUUGAAGGAAGAUUCAACAGGUUGUAGGAAGUCUGCCAUCUUCAGGUUUCUUUGCUUUUGCUUUCACCUGCUCUCUUUCAGAGCUCCAAGUUGUCUUAGUGCUUUUGUGUUGUGCAAUGUGGUUAGCAGCUAAACCCCUGCUGCCUCACAAGGAGCUUUCACUUUGAUUGUAGCAGAGCACAGAGAGGUAAGAUAGUUUCUCUUCAGCGUUGGAAACUUCUAGUUGUUAAUUCUUAGAUUGUCUUUUUAUGUAUGUGUCACAAACACAAUGCUUUUUUUUAAUGCUCAAUCAGUCAACUAGAGUUGUUUUCUUCGAAGCUCAGAUGUUGUUCAUUCAUCCAUGUAGUUCAUGGAUUGUCUCCAAAUACAAGGAAAUGCAGUCUUCCAGAUCAGUCACUCAUCUCCUCUCUGAGACAUCACAUGUCUUUGUUUUCUUUGUAAUUUGAAUGUUGAAACACGUUGAGCUAUAAAGUUUGCAGGAGUUUCUGUAUUUGCAGAGCGCUGUAAGACAGGAUGGUGCUGCAGGGAUGAAAAUCAGGAGAGUUAAAGUGACAGAGAAUCAGCUGCUGUCAGAGAUAUUUGACAUAGUUUAGGGGAACAGGAGAACUGCAGUGUGUGUGUGUGUGUGUGUGUGUGUGUGUGUGUGUGUGUGUGCCUCUGAAAGGAAGAUGUUUCACUUGACUUGAGUGCGUUGUCAAGGGGAUUUUAGUAAAUGUGCAACACAUUCCUGAGUGACGGGCUACUGAAUGAACCUGUAUUGUUUGGAGUCAAUGUGUUUGUGGUAAAAGUGAAGCAAAAGGAGGAGGUUUGAUGAUGUUACAAGGUAUGAAGGUUUUUGUGUAAACCACAGAAAAAUCCAGAUCUGAUUUAAUUUCUUCAGAGUUUUGUGUUAGUUCAUGUAUUAGUCAUUCUGUGUGCGUAUGUGCAGUUUUAUGCUCCUGCAUUUUUAUUUUGAUGGUUUUCUAUAUGUGCAACAGCAUUUUCUACAUUUGCUCAGUGGAAGCUCUUGAACAAUAAAUGUGUCUCUCUUCAGGUGAGCGUUCUGACUGACCAAGUGGAGGCACAGGGUGAGAAGAUUAGAGACCUGGAAAGUUCUCUGGAGGAACACCGACAAAAACUGGCCUCCACAGAGGCGAUGCUGCAACAGGUAUUGUAUAAACACACAUUAACAUGUGAACAUGUGCAUUCAUUCCAAUCCACUUUAUUUAUAUUGCACAUUUUUACAAAAUCAAGAUAAGCAAAGUGCUGCACAGUGGGGUAAAGUUGUUUGUGCUAACUCUGUUACACAGAAACAGAAAGGUCCUGUUUUGUCAAAUGUCUUUGACAUCAUUUAUGGACCUGCUGCUGGUUGCUGGAACAAAUGUUCCUUUUACUACCUCAGUUCCUUUAAAACUCUUGAUACUUUGUGGUUACAGGGAUAUGCAUCUUGUGCUUUAUAUUAGAGCAAGAGUUAACUCAUGCGGGCAUCACUGUACAUCAGCAACAUGGUCACCAGAAAACCUCUGCACAUACAGAUGAUAUAUCACUAUUUAACAUAGAUCACAAUACAAAUGCUCUAAGGAGGCAAAAGAAGAAGUCGUGUCUUCUUGUUCUGUAGAUUUGUCCAGAAACAAUAACGUGUAUUUCAUAUACUAAUUGAUUAAAUGUAAAUGAUGUCCCUGUAAAAUGUAGGUCAGAAGUUGUGACUAUAGCUGUUGCACAGCAGCCUGCAACCAGCUGGGGGCUGUGGGUCUGGUUAAUGACCACUGCACAGCACAGAGCACGUGAGCCUAGAACAUCUGAAUCCAUGUCGGCUGUUUGUCAGGUUAAUUUGACGAUGAAAGUGAGGUUUACUGAAGUCUGGUGGGACUAGCUCUGCUAACAUUAGCCUCACUCUGUAAACCUGCUUAGAUUUUACCUGCUCAGUCUGUGAUCCCACGCGUUGUCAUAUUUGAGUUGUUUCAGAUCCAACUGUUUUCUGAGUGUUUUCUUACCUUAAGACUAGUUGAUAAAUAAGAACUGAAAGUUCCAUUUUAACCACCAAGAAAUAAGUCCUCUCAGAAUAACUGUGAUGUGAACUAUCAAAGAACUUUCCUGACCACCAACGGGUUGUUUAUAUAACCUUUUUUUUCCCCCAGCGAACUGCUCAAAUUCCCCAUCUUAUUGUAAAAAUCUGCUGUAAGUAGGAAUCAAAGAAGAAGAAAAAACAUCGUGAAGCUGCAGGUUUUCUCGAGGCAAACAUAGUAUGGUCGAUUUUGUUGUUUGAGCACAUUCAAUAAACAUGUUUUACGUUAUCCAACCUAAGAACACUAGAACUAAGUAAACUUGUGGCAGAAUUUCCUGCCAGAACUUUUUCUCCCAUCUCAUCAGAAAUUUACAUGCUCUACAAUGAUCUCAUACAUUUAGUAACGAACAAAGCAUGUUUAUUUAUUGUCAGCAGUCAAACAGGAUACAAACAUGAACUGGCCGUUAAAUGGUAGAAGAGCAAGGUGGUACUAAAAAUGAGUAAAUAAAGGCGUGGCAAUGAGUUGAAUUCAGGGCACACCAGCUUGACUCUCUACUGUUUACUUUCUUCAUAUCAUAACCAUCUUGGUUCAGUCAUAGGAUUUACUUUAAUGAGGAAAAGUUUAUUUCACAGGUCAAAGAAGCCACAUUGUUUCUUUAAUCCUUACCAGAUUAAAACAAAGGUAACUCUUUAAAAUAAGAAUUUCUUCUUUAUUGGGAUCGUACUGAAGCACCAAUAUUAACUUCUUAUCACAGAUUUGUAUGGCUUAAAAUGUGGUACUGCAAAAGAAAUUAAACCGAGUACAGCAGAGUUUCGUAGCUCAAGGAAGAACACUUAUGGUCAUUACUUCAUGAAAAUGCAAUUGGUUCUUGUGUAUCUUGUAUGUGCACUUGGUCUGAUUGCAUUUCCAUGAAUAAAUAAUCAUAAAUGUUCUUCCUUGAGCUGUGAAACUCCGCUGCACUUGGUGAUCGACUCGUCAGGGCUCCCCCCACAAACAAGCGGCUGCUGGAGGAGAGUGGGUGAGUUGUGGUUGGUCUCUUUGCUUAAAAAAAAACAGGCAAAGCUAAAAAGAUGUUUGGUGGCUAGUACUAUGGCUAGGACCCUAUAUGUACUGUUGCUGAAGUUAGGUGCUGUUCUGAGCAUUAUUUGUGGCUAUAGCGUGGCUUUUUGGUUGAGAUUUACGCAUGGAGACGUAGACCGCUGUGUAUUGCUAUGUUGUGGUCAUUGCUGAUGUUGGUAUAACUAGAGAAGCAAGCAGUCAGCAACAUUCAUCUCUCGAGGGGGUGUUUGACUAUAACUUACGUUUACACUGAAAUAUCCCUUUGAGAUCAAGCAGAGUUUUACUUUAAAAAAAAAAGUAUUUCUGAUUUAAGUGCUAUCAUGAUUAGAGGCUGAUAUAUUCAUUAUAUUAUUAUAUUUCAUUCAAUAACUGCAGCUGACAAAAAGAAAGGCGUUCAUCUAUAAAUUUUUUUUUUUUUUUCAACAGAGUAUUCCUCUGAAAUGUAUAAGAAGUUGUUACUAAAAUAAACAGGAUUUACACUGUGCUUCAGGUGUGUUAAAAUGGGUUGAGAUUCUUUUAUGAAGAAGUUUUGCAGGCACAUAUGUUUGCAGCUUUUCAAAAUGACUGUAAAUCUAGCAUUGAAUCUGAUGAUCCUGUGGGUGCUUUUAAACCAGGGAUUUGAGUUCUCACUCUGUGGGUUUUAUUGGACUUAACUUCAGCGUCUGUCUUGGUUUUUGUUGGUUUAUGCUUGAUUGUUUUCAUGUGUCUGUCUUCUUUCUUUCACAGCUAAGGAAUGCUGGUCAAAUAGAGCAUGUGAUAUGAGAUAUUUGCAAACAGUCCUCUGGACACACAGUGUAACUCUUUUAUGGCGCCUGCGUGUAUCCAGCAACAACCUUUAUACACAUGCUCUGUACUCUUCUUCUGUCUGUGAUGCAUUUCCUGUGCAGCAUUACAGCGCCGCUUACUGGCUUGGCAUAUGCACUACAUCAUUUUCAGUAGUUUCCUUUUUAGAGAUGGUAGAAAUACUUGUUAUUAAAGUGAAGUUUGGUGAAGUGCUCACUAAUCGACUUAUCGAAAUUGAAAAUCGAGUUUUCAGAGAAAGAAUCUGGAUUUAAUUUUUUUUGCCAAAAUCAUGUAGCCCUACUGUGUUGGAGUCAUUUUCUUUAGCCUAUGUUCAAGUGACAAAGAAAGGGGAAAGAGAUGUAGCUGUAGAGUUGUGUGCUUGUGCUGCAGGGCUGCUACUUGCUGUGGGAACCACAACUAAUCUAAUUAGAAAUAGUCCUGAGUCAGCAAACACAGACCUCCACGCAUUAGACAUAAUCGGAAUGCUUGUGUGACUGUGGCCUUAUUUGGAGACAGAAAUGACUGUGAGGAGCCACUUUGUGCUCUUAGUUUGACAUUGUUGUGGUGAGAAAGUUUCCUGAACAGUUAGGUUGCUAGUUAGGUAGUUUUUAAAAUUGCUGGCUAGAUUUUCGUUUUUACCAGACAAGAUAUAGAAACAUAAGCUGGUUAUUAGUACCAGUUGCAAAAGUGAAAUUGUAAGUGUAUAAUACUUACUUACACAUACAUUUUAUUUUGGGAACAGGUGGGCCGCAGAUACAUACAAUCUAGCGUCAGUCUUGGGUUUUCUGUUUUCUUUUACAAAUGCAGUCUUUUAAGGGCGAUCUAUAAAUGCUUGAGACAUGAUGACAAUUUGUCACAUGUGGCUUCUCAUAAUUAAAGGAAAGCCAAAUGUCAGGCAGCUGAGUUGUGGGCCUCCACCGCAGAGUUCUGAUGAAUUACCUCUAAAGACUCAAGCUUAUCCUGCUGUAAGUGACACUGGUGUUAGAUUGCAAAGUGACAGUCAGCUUCCAUAACUAAGCAGAUUGUGUGAGUGCGUGAGUGCGUGCGUGCGUGCAUGCGUGUGUGUAGCUGCAGAGCUGGAGUAAUUAUGGGUUUUUAGCUGUCUGUCUGUCUGUGUGUUGCUGUGGUGUUGACACAUGUGAACUGUCUUUAUGGAUGGUAUGCUGUCCCUCUGUGGUUGAAUAGAGUUGUUAGUAAUCUGUUAAUUUUGACAUCCACAUGCGCUUAUGACAAAAAAAUGCAACAGUCCAGUAAAUGUGUGUGCUAAAAAUACUUAUUAGUACAAAGAGGUACAAAAUGAAGGUGAGACGUUUUUUGUUUUUUUUAACAGGCCAAAAUUGAGUGUGUCCAUAACUUCAGUUUAUGAGCAAAACCUGUAAUACUUCUUGGUCCAAGCUUUAUGACUUUAACCCAAAACAAUCUCUAAGAGCUUUUCUUCCCUCUUCACUGGGGUAACAUUAUUCUUUAUCUUGAAAAUUGGCUCUCAGAAUCAUGUUCACAGUAUCGCACAUCUGAGUGCUUCAUUAUUUUUCACUGAUUAGACUUAAAUGAAAUAGACGUUUUAUUUUAUCACAUACUGAAUUGGAUUUUUACCCAAAUGAAAUCAACUCGCAAAGGCUUUGUGUAGUCAAGAAACUGCUGUGACAAAAAUAGUCCUCUUUAUUUCCACAUGUUCCUCUUUGGGUUUGUGUGCAAAAUUUGUGUAGGUAGGUGGAAAGGAGGGCAGUCUAUGAGAAGAAAGUUGUGGAUUAUUCUUUAAAUAAUCUUAAAAUGGCACUGUACCACUAUUUAAGUCAAACAAGUCAGACCUAUACAAUCUCGAAUCAUUCCAAUGUUAGUAACAACAACAAUUUAAAAAACAAAUCAAACAAAGCAGAGUGGCAGUGCUGUUAAUAGAGCAAGUUGAUCUCUGUCAUCAUCAAGCUGCUUUAUCCACACUAGAGACAUCAAAACAUAUGAAGUGUCUUUAUUUUACUGUUUUUACUGUGUCUUAUUUAAAAUGACCAACGUGAAGGAUGUCCCUGCUUUCCCUCCCACUUGAAUCUGUUUCCCAAAACUCGAGGAGGACUGUUCAGAGGCUACUUCUCCUAUUUUCUCAGUAGUUUUAUAUCAACGAGAAUUGUGCAACAAAAUGGAUGUUAGAGGUUUUAACAACAAGCCGAGUCAACUUAAAGAAGAGGAAGUGGGAUUAGGAGCUGAGAUGAGGAAGUGAAAGCAGAGGACACAUUGACAGUUAUCUAGGAGUAGAGUGUUCUCUGAGUCAGAUGAAAACUUUUUCAUGCUGCUCUUUGGUCUGUCUCUUUUUUAGACACACUGUCUUUUUCCUCUCUCCCAUACCAAAGAAGCACAGUGAUAUAUUAAUAGAGUCCCCAGUUCAACUGUGUGUGUGAGAGUGUGUAUAUUUAGCUUUGAGGGGUCUGGGCCCCCAGCCUGGCCUGCUUUGUCAGUGUGGGAGGAACAUUGAACUGAGUGGAUUUGCAAGCUGAUUUCUCGCUACCUUAACCUCGAAUGUAUGUAUUUUAGUUGAAAGCCUGAGUAGACCUAGUUUGAAAAACCUUUUCGUGUUGUUUUCAAUUAAUUUAACCUACUGUCACUGUGUGUGUGUGUGUGUGUGUUUGAUUUAAGGAGCUGAUGAGCAGAACCUCUCUGGAGACUCAGAAGCUGGAUCUCAUGGAUGAAGUGUCGUACCUCAAACUGAAGCUGGUCAGCAUGGAGGACACCAACACCAACGCACAGACACAGGACCCCACAGGCACAGAGCAGAACAAAGCAGAGGUAUGGAAAGUGUGUGUGCUCGUGUGUGUAUGUUUGUGUGUCUACAUUUCACAGAGCAUACGCUGGACAACUCAUUCAACAAGAGCAGAACUGCACUUCUUGGGGAUGACAGAGAUUACAACCUGAAAUGCUGUUUUUAAUUGUGUAUAAGUAACAGACACCUCUUGCCAGACAGGAAGCAUGAGAGGGAUUGCACUGUUUUCACUUGUUGCUUCGACAUCUGUUUUGUUAGGUUUCUCUGAAGGACUUAGAUAACAUUACUGUAUGUAGGUGUACAUUAUACUACCACUGUAUAUUUUUAAUAACUGUGACAGGCAUAUCUGUGCAUUGUCUGUUUUGAUAAAUGACUCACGAUGUCCCCUCUACAAAUCAUUAAAUUCAGAUUUUUUACAUGUGUAUAAAAGAGAUAAAAGUAAAUUAGAUGUCCAGAGUAUUACAAUACUCACUAAAAAGAUUAUUCUUUAUAGGUCACAUUCCUUUGCCAGGCCAUUCUUGAUGAAUUCACUUUAACAGUUAGUUAGCUUUUAGCUUCAAAGUAUAAAUCUAAGUCUUGCAUUACCAGACACUCACUUAAACCUUUACUUAGUUCAAUACCAGGUCUCUGUUUAAAAUAAUAAUUUAAGUCUUGCUGACAUUACCUGCCAAAAUAAAGAUUUCAUGAAAUAAACAGGAAAAACAUGUUGUUUCUAAAAGCUGUAAACAGGUAGUUGUGAUAUUUGUGUGGACAUUGAUAACCCAGUAUAGAUAGAUUUGUCUUGUGUUUUAAUUACACUGCCCAUAUGUGGAAACACUGUUAAAAGUCUGCAGUCAUAGUCAACUGAACUUGAGCACUAAUUAGUAAUUAAAAACAAGCUGAUGUUAUUGAUUGAUACUGUACAUAACAGUUAACAUUUCAUAAAUAUGUCAGAAUGUUUACUCCAAAAUACUCUAAAAAGGCAGCGUUUGUCUAUGAAAGUUUUUCUCCAUUAUUGUUGAAUCAAAAAAUUACAAAGACAUAAAUUCAUUCCCAACAUAGUUACCAAAAAAAGCACAUCUGGCAUAUUUUUCUUUGAGUUGAGAGAGAACAUUUUCAUUCCAUCAGGGACUAUUUAGGAAAAUGUUGAGUUACUCUUGUGUUGUUGUUAGACAUGCUGGUUGUUAUCUGUUUUUCUUUUUUUUUCUAGUUUUCCCUGACCCUCAGCCAAAGAAAAUAGUAACAACAUUGACCACCAGCUGUCUUGGUCAGAAUAAUUCAAACAAAAUAAUAUAGUUAAAGAGACAAGGACCUGGUUUUUAGGUGGAUGACAUGAAAAUAAGAAGUUAGAGUGUAAAAGUGUAUGCAGCAGAUGAUAUUUUCAUAUUUUUUUUUUGUACUGAGCUGUGUAAAGUCAAAGAAGAAGUACUGGUUGGAUGUCAGAGAGAAGAGGAAAAUAUUUGUUGUCACGUGAAAAAAACAAAAAAAAACCGUACUGAUAGAUGUGAUAUUAAAAACUCAAUUAAGUAUACUUAUCAUGCGUGAGGAGCUUAGUGUUGCUAGCAGGAGGAGGUGGGGUAUCAAUCAUAGACUGAUAAAUGUCAUUAAAUAUUUCCAUAUCCACACAGUGUAUCUUAACCAUAACAUCACUUAACCAUGACUGGACCAUAUUUUCGAGAAUAUCCUGUCUGAGGCGUGAACAACUAUUUCUACAUCAAGAAAACUUCUGUCCUGCUUUGACUUUUAUUUGCUAACGUUAGAUUUUCUCUCUUUAAGCUGGGUUUCUUAAAGCUGGUCAUAUGUGAUCAAUGAUAAGUAUAUUUUUUAUCAACAGUCUGUUUACAAUCCUAUUGAGACAUUGGUAUCUAGAGGCCAAUCAGUUGAUGAAGAGUUGUUGUUGUUGUUGCCACCAGAUCUGCCACCUAAAUAAAUGAUAGACUUGUUAAUAGAAAGACCAUGCCCUCCAUUCAGCUUCACUGGCAGAGUUUACAAUGAAAUGUGUCUGGAUGAGAUUCACGCUCAAACACUAAGUAUCUGAAACAAGCCAGAACACAUCAAAUGGUCUCUCCAGACAAUUACAACAACAUCCUGCAGCGGGCUGCCAGAUAGAAGGCUGACAUCAAACAACAAAGUCAGGACUGCAAAAAAUCAAGAGGUCAUGUUUAGGAGUUUAGGAAGAAUUAUUUCAAACACAUCUGCAUGAACCUUUUAAUGAAAUACUGACUCCAAAUUCUAAGGUCCUUGAAAGACUUUUUCUCUGUCAGUUUCAGAGGACGGAUUAGUUGGUAUCCAGACACAGCUUAAACUCUAGUACAUGAGGAAAAAUUUAAUGUCUUUCACCUCACCCAUAGAUAAGAAUAAAGAAACAGUCCAGAUUCAGCCAAUCUAGCUAAAUAGAUUUUCAGAUCUUUUUCAGAUCCUGUAAUUCUUUGGUCUUAACAUACAUCAUAAUACCCUUGCUCUCAAAGGUGUGGUGUGUAGUAUUGAGUGGCAUUUGGCAGGAGAGGAAAGCUGAUUUUGCUGGUUUGGCUUCACUUUACAGACCCCUGAAACCACAUCCACAUUUUAUAUACAGCCUGUGCCUACUACUCAUUUUAAAGGGAAUAACAGAAUAAUAAAUUAUUUUAUAGUUACAAGAAGUGUAGAGAAAGUUCUGGCAGUAACUUCAGGGAGGGAAGAAAUAUGAGUGUUUCUGAUUUUACACACACAUGUAUACAAAUGUGCACAAGCACAGAGAGACUGUGAUGCUGCAGAGGCCCAGACGAUCUCUCUUUGCUUGCCUUCACUUGUUUCUUUGUGUGGACUUUGUUUAUUGUUGCACCCAGCUGCCGUACACUGGCUCCACAAGAUGCCAAUUCUUGACACUUUUCUAGAUCUGUUUGUGAGUGUUUUUGUAUGUGGGUUUGUGUUUUUAGAUCUGUUUUUGAAUGUUUUUGUGUGAGUUUGUGUUUUCAGAGCACAGAAAGCACCCAGGUUCAUACUUUGAUUAAAUAAACAGGAUGCAGUGUUACAUUAAGGCCAAUAUUCCACACACACAGACACAGACACACGCACGCACACACGCACAAAGUUCGACCAUGAUAAGCAUCAAAGGAAGUAGACAGAGAGGGAGAGGUGGCGAGGAGGAGGCUCUACGAGAGAGGAAGCGAGGCAGAGAAAUGGAAGAGAGGGAACGGUGGGGCAUGAUGAGGGACAGUGAUGGACAGAUGGAAAGAUAAGGACUGGCAGGAUGUUCUGAAGAAAUAUUGUUUUCUAUCCUGCAAGGCACACCACACAAAGUGAACAUGCAGGACAUUCACACUAGAAAUCCUGCAGGACGUAACUGUCAGCGACAACUGCCUCUGAAAAUCAAACUGUGAUGUGUCACUUUUUGUAACAUUUUCUGCUACCACAGAUCAGACAUGUGCUAAGACUCUGGGCUUUACAAAUAAGGGGAGGCUUAUCUUAGAUUGUUGUGAUUUAUGUGUCCAUCCAUUCACACACCGAUGACAGAGGCUGCUACAUCUAGAGCCCAUUGGUUUUAGCUAAUCCCAUUCACACACCACUGGAGGCAGCCAGCAGGGAUGGUUUGGGGUCAAAUGUCUUGCCCAAGGACACUUUUGCAAAUAGACUGCGGAACCAAGACUCAAACCCCUGACCUCCUGAUUGAGAGACAACGAACACUUCCACUAAGUCACAGCUGCCCCUUCUUAGCCUUUCAAGUAUUUUUGGCCCAGGAAGCCACGUUUGAAAAAGGGGGAGGAAAUUAAUAUCAGGGGGACAAAUACAGCACAUGAGGUAACUUACAACAACUGUGCUUAUUGUAGCUGUUGAGGCUGCUCUGUUACAAACCCAGUGUAAAUUGACAGAAUCACAUACAACUGCUCCUUCAGCCUUCACAGACUUUGAAUGUUUCUGCUCUAACUUAUUUUUGCCUUCUUUUUCUUGAUCUUUGUACCAGUUUCCCACCUAAAUAUAUUGUUUCAGUUAAAAUCAAAUAAACCAAGGAAAAGGCAUUCCCAGAUCCAGAGAGUACAGGGACCAAGACCAAACCAAGAGGGUUAGAAAAAUACCAAAACACAAUGAGGCCAAGUCAGCCCAAGAAGACCUGAGUGCUGUUAGUCACACACUGGAUGACACACUCACAUUAAAAUGUAAAAUGUAGGUUAGGAGGAACCUAACCCACAGGCCUGAACUGAUCUCAAGAGUGAUCAAGAGCAACCAGUAGGAAUGUUUUCUGGCCCUGACACUGACAUAACAACUACAUCUGAAGUUAUUAAGCUUCUCAUUAUUAUUUUUAAAUAUAUGAUUGAGAAUUGCAUAGAUUUUUUUGUUUGACAAGCCGAGAGAGAGAGAGAGAGAGAGAGAGAGAGAGAGAGAGAGAGAGAGAGAGAGAGAGAGAGAGAGAGAGAGAGAGAGAGAGAGAGCAGGGAGCUCACAAUGCUCAAAAACAUACAAGCUGUUUGUAAGAUAGAUUGGGAUAAAUUUGGAGAGUGGGCAGUAACAUGCAGUAGAGGGCCCCCAGGCCAGAGCUGAACCUGGGCUACGUACUUCAUGGGCACAUCUGUUGUACAAUUAAACUACUGAGUCAACGAAUGCCCUGAUUUUAGCUGAUUUUAGUUUGAAGUAACUAAAUACACAUUUUUUCACUUAUCUUGAGAAGGACUGUUUUUAUUAGGUUUAACAGAUACCCUCAGUCUAUUCUCAUUGAUAAAACUGCUGUCAGGAUCUAAGACUAUCACCUCAUCAUCAUCUGGGCUCGAAAAUUUAUAACUCUAUUACUGCAUUAUUUAUGGAAUACUUUAAAACAGAGGUCAAAUCAAGGACAGUUAAGACAGGGUGGAGCAAGCAGUACUUCAUAAAUUGAACUAAUAGACACGAUUGGCUUACUUAAGGUUCUAUAACAGAGCUGUUAAAACCUUGACAGGUUAAUACACAGAUUGUGCAGUGAUCUGACACUGUGUCUGAUACUCUGAUAUGCACCUGCAUACAUACCCAAAUCCAACAUUUCCAAUGCUCCAUGUACAGAGAUAGGAUUUGCUUUAGUCCUGUUACAAUGGUAACUGACACCGUCUACAUUUCUGUCAGCAAAGAGAGUGUGUUUUUGUAAGUGUGUGUGUGUGUGUGUGUGUGUGUGUGUGUGUAUACACUACAGGCCAAAAGUUUGGAAGCAAGGCCAUUACAGGCCGAACAGUUGGGAGUAACUUCAAGUUUUUGUUCACAAUGCUCUUUUUAAAAUCCAGCAUGAGUUUUAUGUAUUUUGGGAUGUAUUUACUCCAUGAUCAGAUGUUGCUUUCAUGGAAAUGCACCAUUUUACUCCAUUUACCUUUAGAUAAACAUUGAUGUUAACAGACCAUUGCUAAAUAUAUGUCAGCAAAAGAUAAUAAGGGCUUAGUUUUAGGGUUGAAAACAUUUGCAAGAGUCACAACUUCAAAAAAACAAAUCACAGUUGGAUUAUUCACUUCAACUUUUUGGCUUUUGAGAGUCUGCAAACAAAAAUCCUAUUAAAUCUCAACUGUGUUCAAACUACCGCAAAAAUAGCUAGAAAGAAGCAACUGAGUAAAGAAACAAAAGUAAAGAUUUGUACAUUGAGGAAAGAAGGAUACACAGAAAGAGAAAUUGCAAAACACCUUAAGGUGUUUAACAAAAGAGUCCACUACACUCUGAAGAGACUAGAGGAACCUGGAAGUUGUGAUGAUAGAAAAAGACCUGGAUGAAAGAGAGUUACUACAAAAGCAGAGGAUAAACAUAUCAUUGUCACCAGUAAGAGAGAUCGGCAAAAGAUAGUGCCAAAAAUAAGGGAGGAAAUCAACAUGACAUGGUCGAAACCCAUAACUCUGGUGACACUCUGAAAGCACCAUGUGUUACACCCACAAUUCAGCAUGGAGGUGGUAGUUCCAUGGUAUGGGGAUGUUUUGCAGGUGAUGGAGUAGGAGAUUUGUUUGAAGUUAAGGGUAUCAUGAAGAAGGAACAGUACCACUCCAUCCUCCAGCACCAUGCUGUUCCAUCUGGACUCAGACUUGUGGCUCAUAAGUUUAUUUUGCAGCAAGACAAUGACCCUAAGCACUCUGCCAAGCUCUGUCAGGGUUACCUAGACAAAAAAAGAAGAGGAAGGUGUUCUUCAAAAGAUGGUUUGGCCCCCUCAGUCUCCAGACCUUUCUCCAAUUGAGCUUGUGCGGGAUGAAUUGGAUCGAUCAGUCAGAAAAACGCGUCCCACGAAUCAGCAGUCUCUUUUUAAUGAACUUAAGAAAGCUUGGAAUGCAAUCCCUGGAACAUACCUUAAAAAACUUGUGGAACGAAUGCCUGGUAUAUGCCAAGCUGUUGUUAAAGCCAGAGGAGGUUACUUUAAGUCUAAGCAACAAUAACUCAAAUACCUAAUAAUUAUAGUCAAAAUGUCUUCUGAUAAGUUACUCUUUACACAAUAGUCAUGUUUAUUGUGUUGCAAAUUAUAUAUAUGAAACUAUGAUCUCUUUUUGUACAAAUCUGAUCUUGCUUCCAAACUUUAGUUUGUGUGUGUGUGUGUGUGUGUGUGUGUGUGUGUGUGUGUGUGUGUGUGUGUGUGUGUGUGUGUGUGUGUGUGUGUGUGUGUGUGCGGUGAGUAACAGCUGCGAGGCUCCAGUCGGCUGGCAGGAGGAAUGGCAGGCAUCCAUUCUGAGCAUUCCUGAGGGCAAAACACUUUCACCUCAGGAAGCCACUCCAACACUGCACACAAACUCACUGCUGUCUGUUGAACUUUCUAAAUGACCACACAAUCAGCUUUUCAGAAACAAAGCUGUUUGAUGAGGACGAUGCAGUUUGUGGAGUAUGAUGUGAAAAGGUUUGAUCAGCUCAAAAGGUUGAGAUAUUAUUAAGGUGUUCCUCUGAUAUACGAGCACAAUAAAAAGUUAAUGUGUGCUCUCCUCUUCCUGUCUGCUUUUUCUCUCUGUCUGUCUGUCUGUCUGGCACAAGGAACGUUUUUAAAUGACGUAGGGAUCAACUCAGACUGGACUGUUGUAACCCCAAAGUGAUCUAAAUUUAAACUCUUUGCUCCUUUCAGUUGUAGAGUGUGUGUGUGUGUGUGUGUGCGUGUGUGCGUGUGUGCGUGCAUGCAUGCGUGCGUGCGUGCGUGUGUGUGUGUCCAGGUGUGUCUUUGAACUUACUAUGUCACUAUCUCAAUAACGAAAGACCUGAAUUCAGCCAGAGGAUAAAAGGAGUGUGAGGAGUGUGUUUGUAAUUGGGGGCUUUACAGAGAGGGAAGCUACUUUUGUUGUUUUUUUAAGAAACAUCACGUUGCUGAUUGAAAUGUUUAAUCCUGUUAAUAGAAGAUUCUCCUAAAACCCCCAUCCUCAAGUUCAGAAAUAAUCCUCCUUAAUGUUUGAAGAUGUCUAAUGAUUUUUCUCUCUGAUGUUUAGAGUUUCCUCAUCUAGAAGUGUACACAGGCAUUCCUAAAUACUACGAUUAACAAUUAAGUUCAUUUCUGUUUUCCCUCUCCUCUCUUUACAACUUUUUGUAUUUCUCCCUCUUUCCUUUUCUCAAUCUCACCAAUUCAUCUCCUCCACUACCCUUCAUUUGCCCUCCAUCACUCCGACCCUUCCAGUGUGUGGUCAAUUUCAUCAGUGAGCUCCAGGAACAGAUGUGCAAGUUUCAAGAAGAGAUCAGCACUCGUAUCCAGGAGAAACGUGCCCUAGAGGAGAAGGAAUCCCAGCAGGGGGGGCCCACAGGCAGCCAGGCCCAGGGCUACAGCCUUCAGGUUGGGUUAGCCAGCUCAGACCUGAGCCUGUCUGACUCAGAUGUCCGGAUACACAAUGGAGGACAGACUGUACACGUAGGGAGACUUGAUGGAUGAACUCUUCCCCUCCCUCCCUUCCUCCCUCAUCAUUUCUUCUCUUCUUCUCUUCUCCUUUUUUAACCAGUCCACACACCACCCGGUAUUUGGAACUUUCCACAGAAUCAAACUAACAACCUCUCUUAUAGUGUUUCAGUGUGUGUGUGUGUGUUCAUCAGGAUUUUGGGGUUAUGCUGUGCUCGGGUUUUUGCAGACAUGAAGACUUCUGAUUAGUGUUUCAAAUACUUUAAUGCCUUUGAGGGGUUAACAUUGUUAGAGCUGGAUAACUUAUGAAGAGCCCUACAAAUGUAGCUCCAAAUUGUACGACCCAGUAUAAUUAUAUGAAGGUGGAUGCUUACAGGGAUAUUCAGGCGUAACAUUAAGUUAUGGUCAAACCAUAGACUGUAUAUACUAUGGACAACUUGGUUCUGCCUACCGCCUGUAUACAGAUUUGAAGCCAAAAAGCUCUCUGUAUUUCCGGGAUUUUUCUUCAUUUCCUGAAACCGGCGCUGCGCAGUAGCAAUGCGCGCAUUCGGCCGCGCAGUCGCAGAGAGUCACUGUGAUGACGCUCGGCUCAAACAGCGUAUCCCCCAGGUGAGCUACGCAAUCCCUGAACGCCCAUAGGCUGUAUCAGGUGUCAAUCAUAGAAAACAUGAACCCCCUAAUAACUUUUAAAAACGGAGCUGUACAGAAAAAAAAGGACUUGGGCACAAACCAGUCUUACAAUAACUACAUGUCAACAUCACAAGCAGGGGGGAGAAAAAUUUGUUCUGUGUAAUAAAUUUCUAAAGUUUGUCCACAGCUCCAUAAACUUUGCUGGCGGAGGCGGGAUUUAUGACCUAUACUGCAGCCCAUCAACAGAGGGUGCUGUUCUCGGAGUGGCUUCACCCAGCGAGGAGGCAGACUCUGUCCAUUCUAUAUACAGUCUAUGGGUCAAACACAUCGUAACACUGAGUUAGACCCCCCCCUCAGGAGAUGACUGUUGCAGACUGCAUGCUUCUCUAGUUAUACAAACUUCAGUAACGACUGCAUGAUAGCAAUACACAGCGGUCUAUGUCCCCACACACAAACCUUGACCAAAAAGCCACUCUAUAGCCACAAAUAAUGCUCAGAACAGCACCUACCUUCAUCAACAGUACAUAUAGGGUCCCAGCCAUAGUACUAGCCACCAAACAUCUUUGGCUUUUGCAGCUCAAGGAAGAACAUUUAUGAUUGUACUUCAUGGAAAUGUAAUCAGACCAAGACGCUAAGGCAGAAGAACUACGGCGUCAGCAGUGCAAAAUGAUUAUUGUGAUGAUUGUUACUUCAUGGAGAUCAUCCGCUGCACUUGGUGAUGGACUCGUCAGGUUGAGGAUUGCGCAUGGAGACGUAAACCGCUGUGUAUUGCUAUCGUGCGGUCGUUACUAAAGUUGGUAUAACUAGAGAAGCAUGCAGUCAGCAACAUUCAUCCCUCGAGGGGGUGUCUAACUCGGUGUUACAGUGUGUUUAACCAUAACUAAAAUUUAUGUCAGAAUAUCCCUUUUAGCACAGUAAAUGAUGAUGUCCUCUUUUCUGAACUCCUCAAGAGUGUUGAAGUGUUUGUAAAAACACAUUUCAUCCCCAAUCAGGAUUUUCUCUCUCUAAAUCCUUUCAAAUUGAAGUUGGGAGCAGGCUUAUUGUUGUGAUUAGAUCUGAUGUGAUUUGCUUGCAUGACAAUGGUUCCUUCCUCAACUAACAAAGUUUAGAUCUGUUUCCUCCUACACUGACCAGGUGGAUGGGUCUUAUAACUGUUCCUAUAAUCAUAUGCAAUGCUGAACAAGGUUUCCCUCAGGUGAUGGCAAUGUGCAGCUGGCAGACGCACAGCCUGUAUGGCUGUCACUCUUGUUCUGGGUCCUCAGGUUCAUCCUUUUCCUGGUUGUUGAUAACUGCACGCACUAGUAUCUGUUUCAGGAGGAUCAUGUUUCCAUAUUAACCGCCGUUCUGUCUGGCCCCGCAGAGAGACCUUUAUAACUGCACUGAAUGUGAACCCCAUGUUUGAAUACUGUCCCGUUUAUGUGCUGGCAUGAGUUCAGAGGGGUGUUUUGACUUUUAAAUUUGAUUAUAUUAUGUAAAGAAGUGUGUCUGCAGGUGAAUCUACCUGCCUGAUCGUAAAGACCUCUGAAGUGGUGCUGUGUGUUUUGUUGUUUUGCUGCAGGAUUUGCUACAAGAAGUGAAACAGCUGAAGAGCAAAGUGGAGGAGCUUGAAGGAGAGAAGGGCCAGUAUGAAAGGAAACUAAGAGGCACCAAGGUAUAUUUAUGAACUCAUUACACAAAGUGAAUAUGUAAUGAGUUUUACAAUUAGCCAUUGUAGACUAUAUGAACUGUGUAAUUACUUUGACUCAGUGUUACAGAUUUGGAUGCAGACAUAACUGAAGACGACAAACAGAUACAGCUCACAGACAAACAGAUCACAGUCUUGGUGCCAGAUUUCCCUCAGAGAUGGAGCUUAUAGCGACAGUUUCUGUGACGACAAUCAAAGGACUGUGAUUUACUGUAAUUCACUCAGCCUUUGUAUCUCACUCAGUCAAAAACAUCUCACAUAUUAAUUAACACCAGCAGUAAACCUUAAUAAAUAGACACAAAAAAAGGUUUCAGUGUUUUCAUAUAGUUUAGUGAAACCUAGCAUAAAGCUCAUUAGCGGGGUCGUGAGCAGCAGGUUUUAAAAGGUCUAUGAUUGAAGGUCUGCUCACACACUAAUUAUCAUCCAUUAAUUUAAAGGAGGUCAAAAUGCCAUUGCUUUCUCCGUGCUUACACUGCUUCCUUCCUCCUCUCCCUCCUUCACUCUGUAUCCCUCCUUCCUCUCUACUUACCCUUCUCUCUGCGGCUUGCUCGCUACACCUUUUUUCCACUCUUCUUUUCUUUCUCCUCCUCUCCAAAUCAUCUCCUGUCAUGACUCUCUGCCUGUGUCUCUGCUCUCUCUAGCUCUCUAUCUCUUAUUCUCUCCAUGUGUGUUACCAGUCGCUCAUGACCCAGCUGUCCAGCCUCAAGCUGACUGUGGAGCACACACAGCUGGAGAAGCAGCACUGUGAGGAGCGCUGGCGCGGCGCACAGGUGCCUCCUCUUUCUCCUUCUCUUCCCCUAUUUCUGCUUCUUGUUGCUUGUUUGUUCGCUUUCGCUAAUUAGAUACUGAUUCCAUUUGCUACUGCUCUACCUUCCCUGUCCUCCUCCAAUUUCACUUCUUCCUCAUUGUUUUUUCUUUUUGCACUCGUGCUUUUCCACUUCCCCUCUUCUUUCUAAUUUAUGAUUGUGUGCUUGCAGCUCUUAUUCCUCCUCCUCCACCCAGUCCUCCAUCUUUUGAAUCUGUUUGUCUUAUGACAUCAAAACUGCAGUUGAAAUUCAAAAUAAUCAGAAAUAAAAAUGAUAGUAAAACGUUGCUGUUUGAACAGGAGCCAAGUGCUCAUCUACAAAUCUACUGCAGCAGAAUAUGGACAAAUCUGGCUCUCUUCUUCUAACUAACCUUUCCUGUCUCCCUUUUGAUGUAUUAGUAUAUGUGCUUUAAGUGAGAAAGUCGAAAAAGUGCAACAACACAAAUAUGUCACAGCCCCUUCCUUUAACAUGAGCUACACUGCUCAUUGGAAUAACUUAAGGGGUUGAUCGCCAAGUCAAUUUUUAAACUAAAAUGUUGGCUUAUGUGUGCCUAUUUUUGUUACUCACUUCAUAAAGUUGUUGCCCUCUCGUAUUUGCACUCACAGUAGGAUUGGUAAGAUUCCUGUGAUGAUACUUUGGGCUUCAUUCAUGUCAAGCAGAGUGCCAAUAACAAGACAGGCUGAUGGGAAAAAUAUAUCUUGGCAUAAUAGGGGAACAUUAUAAAGGGAAAUAUCUUUUAUAGUUCAUCAAUAUCUUGGAGAAAAUCUGUGUGUAUUUCACUUCUCUUUCGGGCUUUUGUGGCUUUUAUUGUGAGGCUGCUGCAGGAGGUGUUAGAGUUGAGUUUAUAACAUGCUGUGAUAGUAAACAUGUCUGUGUGUACACCUGUUUUCUGUUGACACCUGCUGCCUGCAACUGUAGGUCUUCACUAUCUGAGUCUCAAUCUAGAGUAUCCGUGACUCUGAUAAGGUUGGUUGACACAAAACUCGGCAUGGGAAAAACCCAGUAUAAGAAACAAAUACCUGCUGUCGUCUAAAACCACAAGUGCAACAGGUUCAGUUCAUUUUGUGUGUGGUUGGUCUUAUUUUUAUUUUUUAUUUUUCGGACAUUUCAGACUUAAAUGAAAGGGUCAUGGCUUGAUCUUGGCCUCAGGGACAUUUGAAGAUGUUUCUGUGAUUCAAGUUUAAUUCCUGUACACACAUUUUUCAAUGUAUGUGAGAAAAGAGUGUUUGGAGGUUAAGUUUUAAUCCAUCAAAUUCAUGCAGGCUUAGGUUGCAACACUAAUAUGUGAAGAGAAAAAUAAAGGGAAUGCAUUGGCCGAAACCAAUCAGAGGUAUUUUGUCUGGCUCAAGGGUAUCUAGAUUAUUUCCAGUGUGACACAGCCAUUUGUUAUUUGUUGUAAAUUGGUUAGAUAAGUUAAAUGGGACAUGGGUUUUGGGAAUCAUAAAAAAUGCAUUUUUCCUGCUGAUUAACUAAGGGUACAUCCUUUUAUUCAGACUCCCAAACAGUUGACAAUGUGAACUUAUGUGGGAGCAAUCAAAAGGUAGAGUAAUUUAGGGAUUUCUGCACCUUUAGAAAAGCAGGGCAGGAGAGGCAGUAGAAACAAACAAACAAACAAACAAACAACAAAAGAAGAAUAAACACAAGUGUCCAACAAAAAUCUGAUGAUUCAUCUCUUCAAAUUCUUAAUUUCUGCAUUUCCCAAGAUCCAUCCUUAUACUUGUUACUUCAUGUUUACAUUUGGCUCAGUAAGUUGUGUCAAUACACAAUGAUGUAGCCUUCCUCAUAUGUGUAACUGACUACUUGAAUUCUAAAUCACCGCUAAGUCUGGGUCUGUGUUUUUAAGAGAUAGCCUUCCAUUAUCAAAAGCCUUAAAGGCCAUUUACCACCAUUACCAGAAUGGAUGGACUCAAAAUUACACCUUCAUUUGUUGAGCUCCGCUGGGUCUCACAUAAUGCUACAUCAAAAUGACAACUGGAUACAGAAUCUAGAUUUUAAGUCUGAUCAUCCCAUUAAAUGUCCUGUUUUUUUUCCAGAGCAGCACCACUUCCAGAUAUCUAGUGACCUCUACGGCUGACACAGCCCUCAGAUACACUCUUUGUUUUUCUCCACAGGCAGAAAUAGCAGAGCUGCAGCAGCUCCUGGCAUCUAAGGAUGCUGAAAUUGAAUGCCUGCAAACCCAGCUGCUGGCCAGAGGUGGCCCAGCCAAUGACAGCGCAGAGAGAGGUACACACAGCUGAGAGAUUGACCAAUCCCUUUAGAUCCACAUCUGUUAUCAAGGAUGUGUGCAUGUCUGUCGACUCUAAUUACUUUAUUAUCUAAUCAACAUGUCCCUCCUCUUUCCUCUGCUCAACAUUUAACCUUUUUUGACUCUUUGCUGCCCUCUGCUGUAGAGGAGGUGUAUAUCAAGCAUCUGAUUAACAAAUGUAAGGCGUGAUGUGCUGUCUUUUAUUGGUCGAAUUUUCAACCAAACUCCUCUGCCAUUUUGAGUCGUCAAGUAUGACUGAUAAAGCUCAGGCAGAUAAAUAAACCAUUCUGCUGUUGUGUCUGUAACUCUAGAUAUUUACACAGUUUGUGGCUUUGGAGUUUUGUCAUGAUCCUGGCUCAAACCUUAAAAAAUCCACAACAUCAACAGAAAGCUUUUGCUUCUUAAGUUUCAAAAAAGUGUCUAAUAUCCAGGUGGCAGAGUGUUUGGUUUAAGAUUGGACUCUAGUUUGAAUUACACUUUGUGUUGGUCAUAGUUAACCUAAGUACUGAAAGACACAAUAUCCUUUCAAACCUCCAAACAUGCUUAAAGGGUAUUACUCUGCUUAAACUAUAACCACUCACCAACAUAAUGCUGAAACUAAAUAUCAAGUGUUCUGAGAGUGAGGCAGGACUUUAAAUUCAAGGAUGUUUUAGGACCAAGAGAAUAUUUUUCUUUUAGUGCUCUGUUUCAGUACAGGGAACACCUCUGCAUCCAACAGCAAACGGAUGAAAUUAUUCUUCCCACAGGCUGCCUUCUUCACCCAUAGACAUAUAAAUAUGGUGUAAUCCUCUUCUCUUUACCAGCUUAAACAUACUUAACUUCACUUGUUCAGUUUUUGUACUUAUUUUUUGUUUUCAUUCACACAAGCAGUGCUAGAUUUAACCUUUUUUGCCAAAGUGAUGGAGUUAUUUUUCCCAAGCUUCACACUAAUGCAAUCCGGAAACCAAUGCCUGCAUCAAAGGUACCGUCUUGUGAUCGUCACGCUCAGGCCCGUCAUAAUUCAGAAUUCUUUGUAGCUGUGUAAUCAGCCCGUCUAACCUCUGUGUCCAUCCCUGCAACUCAUAUUUGCAAUUUUUUCAGCUGUUGCAAUAAGAUAGAUAUCUGUAAGGGUAAAUCCAGAAAUCACAGGAAGUUGCUAGAGUCACCAGAGGCAGAGGGAAAAAAAUGUAGUGGCUUAAAUUGAUUCUCUGUAAACGACAAUUUACUGAGUUUUGUCCUUAGAAGGACUUAAGCUUCAGAGAUCUGCCUCCUACAACCCUCACAUUGCAUCCAAUCCGGUUAUCCCUCAGACCCUUCUUGCCUGAUAAAUCUGUGUCUCUUAACCACAAACUCAGUAUUUGUUUCCCUUCUUUUUUUACAAUAUUUUUUCUCCAGUGACAUGAAUGAAAUCCCUAUGACAUGAUCAGGUUAUUCACACUCAUACCUAGAAGCUGUAUUGUGCCCAGCAUAAAUCAGUACACUCCCUGUUAAAAGUAAUGUAUUACUCAAUAUCUAGAUGAGCAAAAAUCCAUUUCCAUAGUUUUGACAAAGCUGGGUAAUAAGGGUGACCUGGUAACUUAAAUUUAGCUUUGCACCCAGAAUUUUUAUUGGGGUGUACUCAUUUCUGCAUCCUGAUUUUAAAUAGGGAAAAAAAAUUGUAUACAACUUAAAAAAUCUUGUUUGCAAUCAAUGGCCUACAUUUGGGGGAGUAUUUUGUUGUAUAGUCUGACAUAGAAAAUGUUGAUUUUGAAAGGAAACUAAAGGUUUUCUGACAACUCUGAAGGGGUGUACUCAUUUAUGCUGAGCACUGUAUAUGUCAAGCAGUCUAACGUACCACCUUACAAAGGUGUGCUAACAUUAAGGUAAAAUGUUAGGGGAGUUAUUCUCAAAGACACAAACAGUGUCAACAUUUGAAAGGAUAUUGUGCGUCGCCUGGCCCAGGUUUGUGACUGUGUUGUUUUGUUUGUAAGCAAGUAUUUAAGGAAACUUGGUUGUGAUCUGUGUUUUUCACAAUUUUUAAUGAAAUUAAUCAACAGUUUUUUAAUUGGGGUUGACAAAAGAUGAAUCUUUUUCAUUGCAGUUAAACAAAAUGGUAGUCCGGUUAACGCUUGAUAAAUCGCCUUUUGACAGGCCCAGUUUUUAAUUAUUAUUAUUGUUGUUUUGUUUAUAAGCACAGAUGCUAAACUGACUCAGAAAUCGAGAAUUCUGAACUGCUCGCAUGAGUAUGAGCUGCAGGGUUUGACCCAGGUGGUGGUUUAUGGAGAGUCGUGCUGUCAGUGUGUAUUUGUUUUGCUUGUUUAUUCAGAUUAGCAUGGAUGUCAUGUCUGUCGCCAACAUUACAUGAAGCAACCAUCAGAUGAUUUAAAUGAACAAGACGUGAAGUCACUGUGUGUCCAAGAUACUUUAACUUUUAUUUUCUUUUGUUAGACCAAGAGUACCAGAGGUUAAAGGUUGGGAUGGAGUCUCUGUUGGCUUCCAAUGAUGAAAAGGUGAAUAUAAAACGCUGCUGCAUCAGUUGAUGUAGGAAAUGUCUUCCAAUUGUAAUGAAAUGAUCCUCUGUUAGUACUUGACUGGUUUCAUCCUGCAAACAGGACCGACAAAUAGAGGAGCUGACCAUUCUACUGGGUCAGUACAGAAAGAUGCGGGAUGUCCUGACUCUCACACAGGGUAAGACUUGAACCUUUUAUUUUUACCCAGUUUAGAGAAGAGAGUAAAGCAGGCACUGUAUUUUUAUCUUUGUGUUUCUGCCAACCAGGGAGCAGUGAAGAGGAGCUGAGCAGCAGUUUGAGACUCAGAGCAAUCACACACAAAGCACACUCUGAUAUCCUCAGGUCAGAGGUAAGAUUAUGAACCAUACUUCUUUGAAAUCACACUUCAGUCCCAUCAAGUUCAGUCCCAGAACCAGUGUUCCAGAUGAAGCCAUUAUUUUCCUGAAGAACUAAAAAAAUAAUAAUAAUCCUAAAUGUGUUUGGUGCCUUCACAGAUAUCCUCAAGGGGAUCUUCUCCACUUAUGCUAUCCUCCUCUCCUUACCAGAGAGAACUGGAAUCCAGGUAUUAAAAUGCACACACACAAAAUUUAGAUCACAGCUUGCUGAUAAUUUAACCUUUUGUUUGCCAUGUGUUGCAGUAUCCAAAACUCUUUGGACACAUCCCUGAUGUCUGCUGGGGAUACAAGCUUCCUCAAUGGAUCAUGGUAAAUUGAAGCUUCUUUGCGACUUUUCUUGAACACUGCCUUAAACAUGUGAGCAGUCAUCAUGAUAGAGUCAGAGCGGCCCAGUAUGUGGGCUGGGCUUUUCCUGUUCGGUAAAUCCUAAAGUCUUUCUUUUUCAGGCAUCGGCGCAGGUUGCUCUCUAGUAGUCUUGAAGAGUUACAGAGCGGAUCCUUGCAAAAGGUUUGUUGAUGCACAAAUAUUGAAUCGGACAGUCGCAUUUGAUUAUGUCAUCAAGUCAAUCUAAUCAAUACAUCUAAUACAAGCUGCUUGAUCUGCUGUUGCUUUUCAACACUAACUUUUUUUCUUCUUUGUUCUUUUUUCGUUAUUUGCUUGAGUGAAUGCUAACCUGCUUGAUCCGUGUGUGUGUGUGUGUGUGUGUGUGUGUGUGUGUGUGUGUGUGUGUGUGUGCGUGCGUGCAUGUGUGUGUGUGUGCGUGUGAAUGUGUGUGUGUACGUGUACGUGUGUGUGCGUGUGAAUGUGUGUGUGUGUGUGCGUGUGCGUGCGUGUGUGUGUGUGUACGUGUACGUGUGUGUGUGUGUGUGUGUGUGUGUGUGUGUGUGUGUGCAUGUGAACGUGUGCGUGUGUUCAUUUCUUUCUCCGGUUUCUUUCUCGCCUAUAGGCUGCACAGAUCCAGCCAGUAGAAACAGAAUCAGACAUAGGGACAGAGGUACUGAUCUUCUGCCUGACCUUGUACAACCUAACCUUCACUUAACCCCACAAACACACACUCUCUUCAUACCUACAUACUGUACAUGCAUGGUUGUUUGUGAUGUAGGAAGAGACAGGGCUGUGUGGCUUAAUACACUGCUCAAUAAUCACUUUUGGUUAUGCACAGCACAUUAUUUGGUUUACUUCAUCACUUAUUGAUUCUAUCAGUCAUUUUGUUCAGUCUCUCUCUUGAUAUUUUAGAUGCUUUAUGUUCAGAACAGCAAAUGUGAAGAGAGGAAGGGCUUUUUAUAGAUACAUCCUCCAAUCUUGGAAAUAUGUUUUAAUGUUAAUCUUCAACCCCAAAUAUACUCCAAAGUAGGGCUGCACGAUUAAUAGAUUUUAAAUCGUAAUGAGAUUAUUUGAUUAUGACGAUGUUAAGAAAAUUAAAAUAAUUAAAUCGAUUUCACUCUCUAUCAUGCCUUGCACCUCCAGGCCACUGUAGGCUCCCCAUUCCUGCGAGAGCACUCCCCAGUUCCCACACACACUAGUGUAAACAAACAUUGUGUUUGCAAAAGAAGGCAAUAAUUUUGUGGCUAAAUAGGACAAGAGCAAGUCAGUCGUGUGGAAUUGGUACGGCUUCACAGUGUCAGACGAAGAGCAAACCACUCCCCGCUGCAAAGUCUGUCUAAAGGGAGUACACACUCGUCCACACGCAAAUAAAUUCAGGAGUAAAUGCAAAAGUUUUUUGUCAUAUCGGCGUUUCAUCCACAUGGAAACGGCUUUUCAUGUGACUGUAAACAAUAUUUUUUGAAAAGGGGUCGGAGAAUGCAUUAAUCUAUAAAGAACUACCAUUUCAUUUCCCUGUGGAUGCGUAUCUGCAUCUCUCUUGAAACGAUUAUAUGACACACAGCUUAACUCUCUUAUGGCGUCUGCACGUGUCAGGCUAAAACAACCUAUAUACACAUGCUCUGUACUCUUCUUCUGUCUUUGGUGCAUUUCUUCGGCAGCAUUAUAGCGCCACUUACUGGCUUGGCAUAUGCACUACAUUGCUUUCAGUGGUUUCCGUUUUGAGAGAUGAUAGGAAAACUUUUUAUUUUUAAAGAGAAGUUUAGUGAAGUUGUUACUGAAUAAAAAGUCAAAAUUGAAAUGUAAAAUUGAGUUUUCAGAGGAAAAAAAAAAGGAUUUUAGUUUUGGCCAAAAUCGUGCAGCCCUAUUCCGUAGACUUUUUGAUAACAGGCAAGAACGUACGUCUAUUUUUAGUUAUUUAUCCACAUGUUCAGUAUAUUUUGAUGUAAAUUUCUCACUUGAGAUAUUCUAAUAAGAAAAAAAUACAUGUUCUCCUCAUUUUUUCUUUUUUAUUAUUUCAGCCCAAAAGACAUGAAGUAACACUUCAAUAUGUACAGUUUACUGUUACUGGAUGUAAGUCUUCCUGUUGUAUAAAACAUGAAGUACUUGUGUGUCCUUUAACCUCAUGUUCUUGGUGUGAAAUCAAAGUUCACAGCUGAUUUUUUCCUUCUGAGAAAAAGGCAAAAAAAAGUCUCCUCAGAGUUCAUUUUAGCACGUUCAUCUACACACAUAUUCACAGCUGCACAGUGUGUAUUGCACACAUAGGUACACAUACACUAAGUUUACACACACACACACACACACACACACACACACACACACACACACACACACACACACACACACACACACAAACACACAGAGAAAGGGCUAAGACCCACCUGAAGUGGCUGUCAGUAGUGCUCAGCAUCUUUGCUUCCUUGCAGCUGUUUCCUUCUGCUGGCCUUUCUCCUCGUAUUCCUUCAGAGCCCCGGUGACUUUGAUGCCUGCUCAGAUACUGGCAUGAGCAGACAUUCACUCUCCAAAGGAUACGUGUUAUGUAACAGAAGCAGGAAGCAAACCAUCAUCUUGUGAAAAACAUUUAGACAAAGAUAUGUAAAGAUAUGUUAUACACUGUAAUAUAGAUAUACUGUAUUUCUACACAAGUUUUUAAAGAGUUUCAUAAAACCAAAAGACACUUUUAAAAACAACAUCGUGCUCUUGAUGCACAAAUGUGUAUGUUCCUGUUCCUGUUGUUUGAUCAUUCUUUUCUUGUAUUUUCACUUGAAAUUCUGAGGUUAACCCACUGAAAAAGUCACCAGUUGUUUUUAAUUUCUGUAUUCUGUAGAGUCAUCACAUGGAGUUGAGCAAGUACCAGACUCUUCCUGGAAAGCUGAGCAAAAGAGCUGAGUUACCAGCCGAGCUGAAUGGCGAUGGAGAGAGGCACGUGGAGUAUUUGACUCCUGUCCGGCUCUCUCCUGUCCAUAACCACAAUGAGGAACACAGAUUCAGUGAGUUAUUUUCAUCACUUAGCAACAGCAGAUUUAGUAAGCCUGCUGCUCAGUCUGAUGUUGUCUAUUACACUUGAGAUUAAUCACUGUUUGGAAAAGCUAAAAGCUGUGAGACUGGUAAGAUUUGUAGAUGAUCAACAGUGAAUGGAGCCACAUGCAGGAGUCAUAUGACCCUGUGUUGUCAAAAAGAAAACCUGUAGCAUUUAAUCAUUUUAUCAUAAACAGAAGUUAAGUAAUGGUCCAAUAAUAAUAAUAAUAUACAUAAUCUUUUGAGCUUGAUGAAGCUGAAAGGGAUAUUUUAGUAUUAAGUUAUGGUCAAACACACUGUAACACUGAGUUAGACACCCCCUUGAGAGAUGAAUGUUGCCGACUGCUUGCUUCUCUAGUUAUACCAACUUUAGUAAUGACCGCACGAUAGCAAUACACAGCAGUCUACGUCGCCAUGUGCAAACCUGAACCAAAAAGCCACUUUAUAGCCACAAAUAAUGCUCAGAACAGCACCUAACUUCAUCAACAGUACAUAUAGGGUCCCAGCCGUAGCACUAGCCACCAAACAUCUUUUUAGCUUUGCCUGAUUUCUUUAGCAAUCAGACCAAACACAAUUCACCCACUCUCCUCCAGCAGCUGCUUGAUUGUCGGGGGAGCCCUGACGAGUCAAUCACCAAGUGCAGCAGAGUUUUGCAGCUAAAGGAAGAACGUUUAUGAUUAUUACUUCAUGGAAAUGUAAUCAGACCGAGGUGCUAUGGCAGAAGAACUACUGUGUCUGCAGUGCAAAAUGAUUGGGAUGAUUAUUAAUUCAUGGAAAUGAUCUGCUGCACUCGGUGAUCAAUUUGUCAGGGCUCCCCCACAAACAUGUGGCUGCUGGAGGAUCGUUGCUGAAGUUGGUUGAACUAGAGAGGGGGUGUCUAACUCUGUGUUACGAUGUGUUUGACCAUAACUUAAAUUUAAGCCGAAAUAUCCCUUUAACCAUGAUUUAAUCUAUCAAGAGAAUAUUUGAAACUCAAAUCUAUGUUAUUAUAAAUAUGGAAAGUUAUUUGGCCACACCAUCAUUCGAGCAUUUUUUCCCCAUAUAUAUAAAAUUUUGAUUUAAGACUUACUCUUUAGUCUCAGAACCUUUUCUCAGGCCACUGCAGAUUUUAACAAUUUUUAAAGUAACUGCUUGAACUGUCAGUGCUCUCAUUGUUCAGGUGAUGGUUCACAGCCUUCACAGCUAGUCUAACGCCAUCUGAACCGCAUACAAAGUUAUUCUACAACUACUACUUGAAUUAGCAUAAAACACAUCACAUGUAAAAGACAUUGUCAGAGAAACUGCUACAGGUUUGAAUGUGCAUGUGCGAUGCUAUUAGGUCCAUCUGACUAUAAUACAUUCUAUACGAAUGAAAGCGUGUAAUUGAUUAUAUCAAAAAUUAAACAUGCUUUUAGAAAAUACGCCCUCAAAUGGGAUACAACAGACAGAAUGUAUGUAUACUUGGUGAAAACUUCACCAGAAUUUGCAUUCAGAGAGCUGUUAUAAGUUAUUUAUUAAUUCUUGUAAUAUUAGGGAGCGAUGUUGACUAUAAAAACAGGGAGGCUGAGGAUAACAACACAAAUACACUGUUUCAGUCUGCCUCAGUUGUAUGUUCUCUUUAAUGUCAAUUCAAAUUGCAACUGUGUGAAUGAAAUAAAAUCGAAUGCUGUAAGCUUUUGAAUAACACUCACUUUAUCAACUAACUUUGCUCCAACUGCCUCCCUGUCUUUGCCCUUUCUCCUUCCCUCCUCCUCUUUUCUGCUUUGCCACUGGAUUGCUCUUUUCUCUGUUUGUUUUCUGGCUGCAGUUCGCUGCAGGAGCGCCAGUGCUCCGGCUCUAGGUACUGUAUCCUUGCACAGAAAUUCAAAUGUCAACAUGGAAAUAGCCCUUCAGGAGUACUGAGUCACUCUGCUGAUGUUGUUGCUUUGACUCUGGGGUCACACAAACAAGUUUCUUCUGACAAACAAAAUGUUCACAGAACUUAUCUGACAAACAAAACAAGAUUGUCUCUGUCACAGCCGAAACCUUCGAGGUGAGUCAAGUUAGUGUGAGUUACUGUUUUCACCAAGGAUCAAGCUCCGAAGCUGGGAUUAAUAGGACUCCCUCAUGACUCAGAGAGCUGUCGAAGAUAAUGCCUGACUCUCUCGCAUCAGCACUCUCUGAUACUCAAACACUCCCAAAGCAAAUAGGCACAUAAGCACACAGCCACCCAUGUAUCAUCCUACACAGAGCCAGAGCUUAAAGCAGAAGGCUAAUCAGAGACUGUGAGAGGGCGAGGAGAGCGAGCUUAAGGAUGCUUGAGGUUCGACUAGCUCUGACAUUAGAAGUAAACAAACAAGGAUGCAACCUGACACUCUCCACCCUUUGGCUUUCAUUUCCUCACACACGCACGCACGCACGCAUGCACGCACACACACUGACAGUCUGAGGCUGAGUGGAAACAGCUAAGAAAGAUCAUGAACAGAAAGAGCUGAGAAGUGAACUGGUGUCAAAUUUUGACAUGAUUAUACCGAAUUAUUUACAUUUACUGAGGUGCCAAGAGAAACAUGUUGGUUUUCUGAAAGAGGGAAUUCUCUGUUCAGCUUGGUCAGGGUUUGAAGGAGGGUGUCUCAGGCUACAUUAGCAAGAAAGAAAAGAAAAAAGGGGUGUGGGUUAUUUUCAGAUUCAAAGCAAACAACAAACUGCUCUUUUAUAUAAAAAAACAGUUUAUUUCAUCAUGGCUUUGUGACAUUACCUGUUACUGCUUUUAACACACUUAACAUGUAUAAAACAUUCAGUUCAGAUAGAAAGAGGCUGUAACUGAUGCUUUCUGCCUUCUGUCUGCUUGCUUUCUUUUUCGCCUUACUAACCUCCACCUCAGGAUCACCUGGAAAACAUGACCUUUGUGGUGUUGGUGGGUAUUGCAUCUUGACCCCUUUGUGUAUUUCCAUUUCCACCCUGCAUGAGAUACAUAAAUAAUAAACCCAGGGUUUGUGUGUGCUUUUUUAGAAAGAGUUAUCCUUAUGUAUGAUUUUUAAAUUAUUUUUAAACCUGAUGAAAUUAAUUCUGUCUAUAACUUUCUUUUAGCUCUGCAGUGUUUCCCCUACAUUCAUUCAGCAGCAGUGGUGAAUUUCAUGCGACACCACUGAAAAUCCACAUGAUCAAUAAUAUCAAUGCGCCACCAAUGAUUUCUACUGGCACGGUGUGAGCACAAUACAUGUUGUUUUUACUUUUUUUGAGUCCUCAACGAGUGCGACAAACCCUGUCAGACCCUCUUCCAUCAAUGUGAAGGGUAACGUUCAAGCUUAUACACAGUCUUUAUAGCAAGUAGCAUGGGUAACGUAACAAGAAUAUAACAGCAUAGCUCCUUGAGCGGCAAGAGAGUGGUUUCUAGGUGAAGACUGACCUGAGGAACAGGCUACAAGAAGAGCAUCUCUCCAUUUGCAUGCCUGUGAGCAUCAAUACACCCCCCACCGCUGAGUUCAACUAUCAAAGAGCUCUGGAGCUUUUUUCAUAAAGCACAGAAAAAUCAAAUGUUCACAGGCUGGAUGUAGGCUGUGUAAAUAAGUACUUUGGUCUGUAAAUAAAUAACAGGUGUGAGUACAUUUCUGUGUUGUGAUAUUAAUUAUUUUUAUUUUCUUUAGAUAAAUGUCAAAAGCUGUAAAUUGAGACAAAAUACAAGCCUGUAUAAUCCUGUCUAUAAGGAUUCCAAGGUCUUUUAAUUUGAAACUGUUUUUACGCCCAUGAAUACGGGUCGACAUCGCAGCCUUAUGGCCACAGACACAGCAGCACCGCUUCUAAAAAGAACUCUAGGGGAAACACUGCUCUAAUUAAGUAAUAUAGUAUUAAGCUUUAAAUUGCUCAACACUUUUGUUUACUGUUAGCACCUGGAUGCUGAGCAGAUUGUAAACAGUGAAAUAAUCUGAUGUCUUUCACCAAAACCUAAAGAUCUGACCUAGAAAAGAAAAGACUGUCAAUAAUCCAUCCAGUUUUUACAGCAGUAAUGCUAGUUCUGUUUGUCUUGUGAAGUGUCUACUGGAGGAAUCAGCACCAGGAGGACUAUUUGACCUCAUUAUAUGUUACCAUGUUCACUUCAUUAUUUUCGGAACUUCUGUGUCAUUAAUUUACGCCCUCUUUUUGUUGUUUGUCAGGGCGCCCAGAAAAAUUGGAAGAGAGUGUCCUUUCAGACCAGUCCCCUCUGUCCUCUGGAGUCGACUCUGGACAGCAGUCCCCAGUCUCACCUGAGAACAGGAAGACUCACAGAGGCAUUAAGAAACUCUGGGGAAAGUAAGAUGUGAAGAUUAAUAUUUGUACAAUUGCUGCUCACAGGUUUGUUUUUAACAACAUCCUUCACUCAUCAACGCGUUGUUUCGCACAGGAUCCGCCGCAGCCAAUCAGGCAGUCCCUCCCAGGUUCAUGACCCUGAGCUGGGAGAGUUCAAGAGGGGGGGCUUCAGAGCAACAGCUGGACCAAGACUGGCCCGUUCGGGGAACACACGGUACAAAGAGACAGAUUGACUUAAACACACACACUGUAUAUUUCCACAUAAGUGUGUGAAAUGUCUUUCAGGGAAAGGCCAUACAGGUGACCUGUUUCACUUGCUGUCCAGCUCUCAUUGAAGGGACUAAAUCCUCCUCAAAAUCAUUCAAAUCAACAUGGCUUUUCGAAGAGUCUCAAUGGAGUUGUUGAGUUCUGGCAGCUUAAGAUAAGAGAUAAGAUAGUCCUUCAUUAGUCCCACAGGGAAAGACUUCAAAUUUCCAAAUUUGUGAGGGAUCUUUAAAGAGAACCCAUCAUGUUUUGUAAAGUAGAUUAAAUUCCUAUGUUGCUUCACCUUGUGGAAAUGACCGUAUGUUGUACAGAGAGUGAAGAUCUGCAUCAUUUAAAGGAAAUGACAUCAGAACAGAGGAAAACAUCUGGAGGACCUUUGUUCAUGCUCAUUUAGACUUUGUGUAUUCAGUAAUUCUUUUUGACCUUUUCACAUGUAUUUAUGGUCUUCUGUGUUUUUUUUAAAUGCAAAUUACACAACCAUCUCAAUUUAUGAAAAAAGGACCAGAGCCCUGAGUAAGCCCUGAGUGAGCCCUGUGCUUUUGUACAUUAAAUUGUUAUAUUAAUAUUAGGCUAUUAUAAGGUGAAGACUUCAAAUAAGCCCAUCAUGGCUUUUUUUGCCUCUCCCUGCACUGUUUCAUUAUUACCUAUCAUGUUUUAUGUUGUACUCUUUAAACAUUGUGCAAAAAAUAAUAAUAAAAAAUAUCAUAAAAUCCAUUUUAAUCAGCACUAAAAACCAAGUGUGCUUUCAUCAAAUGUGAAGGCAAAAUAAAAUAAACUCAACAUGUUUCGACUUUUGAUUCUUUGCACCGUUCUAGAGAUGUGAAGAUGCCUUUUUCCAAGUGGAGCACAGAGCAGGUGUGUGACUGGCUAGAGGAAAUUGGACUCGGUCAGUACAGCAUCCUCGCUCGCCACUGGGUGACCAGUGGUCAGACGCUACAGUCAGCCAGCCUGCAAGACCUGGAGAGGGUACACACACACACACACACACACGCACACACACACACACCUGACAAGACAAUCCUCCAUCAGCCUGCCUGCCAAGUAUUUAGUUCUACCUGUCCGAUCAUUGUCACUGUGUGUCUAUCUAUUUAGCAUUUAUAACACCUGUCGCUGCCUCUUGACUUGCUUGUCAGUUUUGUCUCUGACUGGAUGACAUCAUCCCCUCACCUCCAGACCUUAAAGACUUAAAAACAGGCAACUGGACUGUGUAGAGUUGAGAAGAUGUUUUGCCUCUUAUCCUGGAUAAGAAGAAGACGUUUCGCCUCUUAGAGUCUUCUCAAUGCUACACAGUCCAGUUGCCUGUUUUUAAGUCCUCAAGAAAACCAUGACCUGGACGAAUGAGAAUCUACAUGGACACUCCAGACCUUAAUUUUUGUCUUUUAUCAGGAUCACAUUUUAUAAAAUAAUCCUUUAUAACAUUGUUUUUGUUUUAAUUCAUUUGUCUCCAGGAGCUUGCCAUCAAGAAUGCACUUCACAGAAAGAAGCUUCAGCUGGCCAUCAAGACAUUUAGCAGCAAGCAGCCUGAGAAGUCUGCAGAGCUGGACUACGUCUGGGUCACUCGUACGUUCUCACAUCAAAUGAUAAAAUAAACCAUUUAUUGGGUGAGCAUUGUUCUCAGCUGUGAAUAAACUGUGAUUUUGAAUGUUUUCAUUUAAAGGUUGGCUUGAUGACAUCGGCCUCCCUCAGUAUAAAGACCAGUUUAAUGAAGGAAGAGUGGAUGGACAGAUGCUGCAGUAUCUCACUGUGGUAAGUAUUUGACUCAUGAUAUGAAGGUCAAAUAAACCUUAUUUUAUAUCUUAAAGGGAUAUUCUGGUGUAGAUUUAAGUUAUGAUCAAACACACUGAAACACUGAGUUAGAUGAAUGUUGCAGACUGCUUGCUUCUCCAGUUAUACCAACUUCAGCAAUGACUGAACGAUAACAAUACAGAGCAAGCAUGUGCAAACCUCAAUCAAAAGCCACUCUAUAGCCACUAAUGUGCUCAGAACAGCACCUAACCAUCAACAGUACAUAUAGGGUCCCAGCCAUAGUACUAGCCAUCAAACAUCUAUUUCACUUUGCCUGAUUUCUUUAGCAAAGAGACUAAUCACAACUCACCCACUCUCCUCCAGCAGCGGCUUGUUUGUGGGGGGAGCCCUGAUGAGUCGAUCACAGAGUGCAGCAGAGUUUUGCAGCUAAAGGAAGAAUGUUCAUGAUUAUUACUUCAUGGAAAUGUAAUCAGAGUUCUUGUGUAACUUGUAUGUGAGCUGCAGACACAGUACUUUCUCUGCCUUAGUGUCUCAGUCUGAUCGCAUUUCCAUGAAGUAAUAAACAUAAAUUUUCUGUUGCACCUGAAUGCAAAAUAAGCAAAUAAUGAGUGUGUUAAUUACAUGAAUUUGAAGCAGUAUUGAAUUUAAGGAAAAACAGGUGAAGGUAUAAGACGGUCACUUUCUUUUCUACUUGACAUCAUGUUCCUCAUCCACAUCUCCUCUCCAUCUCAGAACGACUUGUUAUUCCUGAAAGUGACCAGCCAGCUCCAUCACCUCAGCAUCAAGUGUGCCAUUCAUGUUCUUCAUGUCAACAAGUUCCACCCUAACUGCCUGAAACGCAGGCCGGGCAAUGAGGUCAGUCAGUGGGUGUGCCUCUGUGGAAAUGUGUUUUAAUGCUUUUCCACACAGAGUCACUCUCUUUCAUUUCUUUCUGGAAACUCUCUCUUGGUUUAUCAUGUGUAACACUGAACAUCAAAUCCUCAUAUUUUCAAAGGAAACAGUAAAGAAUGUGUUUUUAAAUUUCCAAAAAUGCUUGAAAAUUUUGUAUGGUUAAAGACAUGGUUUGCAUAUGAAGGUGUUUGUGGAUUUCAGAACCAAUUCACUCCUAGCGAGGUGGUACAGUGGUCUAACCACCGAGUCAUGGAAUGGCUGAGAUCUGUGGAUUUGGCCGAGUAUGCACCGAACCUGAGGGGCAGCGGUGUACACGGAGGGCUGGUGGUGAGUACACAUCUUAUUUUAUAUAAACAAUGUCCCUUUACCAGUUACCAUCUCAGACACAAACAUAAACGUAAUUGCUCAAUAAAUAAAUUGAGUCACCAAUACUUGAUUACCAACUCAGCUGAUCGUAGGACCGAAUGAUUUGGCGAUAAAAAAAAUGAUCACAAUAUAUUUUGUCAUAUUGUCUGAUCUCGAUUAUUAUCACGAUUUUUUUUUAAACUGUCAGUUUUAAAUCAUCUGUGCUAAAAAAUAAAGAAACUAGAGAUUCGCUCAACAUUUUAUUAACAUACAAAGUAAAUAACAAAGCAAAUUGAAUAAGAUAAACUUGGAAAAAUAUGAAAAACAUUUUAACUCAACAGUACAACAUAUAUAGAUAAUACUAAAUAAUACAGUGAACUAGUUUACAGUCCUGAGUGUUUUUGCAGGUAUGAAAGACCCAAAAUAAACAAAUGGCCCCCUCAGGGAUAAUGAAGACACCUUAAAAUCUAAACAUUAGAUGAUGUACACGUAGAUGAGAUAAUUGAUUGCUGCUUUGGUCUGUGGCUGCACCGCUAGUUGUAGCUAAACUGCUAAUGCUACUUGUGCCGUCGGCUGAGACAGGCUGUACAGACUCCGCUCGACUUUUCAUGCUUUCCACAAAAUCACUUAGGAAGUACUUCUUCAAAUGAUUAAACAGAUCUGUUUUGUUGUCGGUUUCUGAGGGCACAGACAGCCGACAUACCUUGCGCAAUGCUCAAUGUCACUUUGGAGAUACCUGAACCACUGCCACACAACCGAUGUUGAAUAACUUUUCUUCUCAACAAUACCAUCUUUGGAGGAUGACUCAAAGUCACAGCUGACAUCUAUUUUGCUGCCCUCAGCUCUGCGUAUUGCUCCACAUUCGGUCAUUCUGUUUACUUCUCCAGCAACUUACAGAAGUGAGCAGAAAAAGAUCGACUCUGAUUGGCAGUUGUCUCGCUCAUGUUGUUGUUGCCCUCAGUCUUAAAGUAUUUUAUGUCCGCUUCACAGAUGCUGGAGCCUCGGUUUAACUCUGACACACUGGCCAUGCUGCUGAACAUACCUCCCCAGAAAACCCUGCUGAGACGCCACCUUGCCACUAACUUCAACAACCUGGUGGGAGAGCAAGCGCAGCAGGAGAAGAGAGAGUACAUGGAGGCAGCGGGGUACACCCCUCUCAGCAUUACAGCAAAAGUUAAGGUAAGAUGUUAUGAGUACACACAAAAAUACGCAGGCUAGGAUGCAAUCAGAGAACACACACAGCUAACCAAUCCUGUCUUCCUGUAUACUUGAGAGAAAGGACAUUUAUCUGAGGUGAACCCCCGGUGUGUCAGCUCAGUUUAAGCUGUAAACCCUUCAGUGCGUUAAAGCCAGUGAAAACAGAAGUAAACCCCAGACUGCUGCGCUCCUCCUCACAGCUUUAAGAGCCACUCAUCAACAGCAGCAGCAGCAGCCCUCGCUUAAGUCCCUCUUUGCUCUGCGGAUGAGAAAUGGAGGAGUAAUCCACCCUGAAACACAAUGCACACUUACUGCUGACCCAUUUGUGACCUUGGACCCUUAGAUCUUAAAUUUCUUAUUCUACUCCAUGGAAUCUGAAUAUAUAUGUGGGUGAUUUGUUGAGAAACAAUAAAAGGAUCUAAAAGAGAAAACACCUCAGAGAGCUUUAUUUCUGUUUAGCUGAAAAGUUUUACGUAGUGAAAGCAAACUUAGAGGACACAGUUGGACAUGCAACUUUUUUGGAAUUACUUCAUACUUAAAUAUGUAGCGCAAAGUCAGAAUAACUAUUAAAAACACUUCAAACUGAAUUUAGGGUUUUUAGAAGAGGCAGAACUUAGGGUGUCCACCCCCGGUCAUCUCUUUGGGCACCCCAAUUCAAGGCAGUUUUAAGUUGAUAAACCAAUAGAUAGCAGGGCUCGGACCAGAAAAGUCUAGUUUUUGUGAUAGUCAUGCCAUCAAUGAUUCAAACAGUCAAAUCUGUCUCAUUCCUCUUUCUCCAGCCAAAGAAGUUGGGUCUGUCUAACCUGACUCACCUCAGGAGGAGGAGGUCAGACGAAUCUACGGACUAUGUGUGUCCAAUAGAGCCAUCUUCUCCACAGGCAGGACAGUCCUCUGCUAACGGGGUGCAGGUCAGGCCUUAUACCGGCUUUAGAGGCCUAAGCCCCAUCCUGGACCGAGAGCCUGACCGCCCCAGAGACCAGGUGGGGCACGAUGACAGCAGAGCUGACCCAUCUCCAUGACAACAGCCUCAACAACGUCAUGUCGAUACUGUGUCAACAUGCUUCCCAUAAGCCUGUGGGCACUGCUACUACUCUGCUUCCUUUGCUUGUGGCCCAUAAUACCUCAGCCCAUCUCCUCCCUUCUCCUCUUAACCCCACCCAUCAGCCCACCCUGUGCCUUUUGAGUGGAGAGAUUCACAAACACCUUGGUAACCCUGAUGACUGUGCUGCAGUCCCAACUGCUUGUCAAGUAGGGUGUGCUAAGAACAUGAAUCCACACACUUGAAGUAUUUUGAUUUCAUUUCCAGUCAGACGCCUGACUAACCUAACCUCAGCCUCCGACCUGUGCCAUGAUCUAACUUAUAGUAGGACAACACAGCAUCACCCUGGACUCCAUUUCCUGUGACAUUACUUCCCAUAAUCCAUACAGUCAAUAUGGAUAUCUGUUGUUGUACAGUAUUAAGUCUUUCUUAUAACAUUUGUGCAUCAUCAUUAGAGGUCUUUAUACGUGUGAAUCAGUCACCUGCAACUUUGAUUUUACAAUUUGAUGGAGUUUUGCCACAUGGUUGAGAUGAACUUGUGCAAUAUUUGCAUCAUAUUGAGGAGGGAUUUUAUUUAAUAUUUAUGUCACUACAGGAGAAAUGAUGAAAAAGCAUGUCUGGUUUCAACCUGAGGUGAUGAUUUUGUACUAUUUUCAUAUUUACAGUAUUGCUGUAAUAGUAUUUUUAUAGUAAAGAAAUCUUGCUUCAUAUAAGGAAGCUAUUUGUGCUCAUGUAAAUGUAAAAAAAAGAUUUAUCAAAUCAUUUAAUAAACAAAAUCAUAUGUGUGAAAAAUGAACUCCUUCCUUUAAAAGCAAAGACAGAAAUGUAGUAGAUGCAGACAUUUAAAGCUAUAACUCAUAUGUCUUUUAUUGAGUUUAGAUCUAAAGGAUAUCAGACCACCCUGUAGAAAAAAAAAAAAAAAAAUUGAGUGAAGACAUUUCUAUUUUGGGAUGAUAACAGAUGUGGAAAAUGUAAAGCAACAAACUCCUUUAUGUGGAGUGGCAGUGGAGAGCAUGCCUGAGUAACCCUCAUCAACCACUAACCAGCUUUCAUUAUCACUGUAUUCACCUUCAUGGAUGUCACUGUCAUGACUCUAUGUGACACCGGCUUCCCCCUUGGCAAACCAAUUUGGGCCAAGAUGGCUGCUGAUCAUUACCAUGGUAACCAUGACGAAGAGUGAGUGCAUGGAGGAUGACUCGAUGCCAGUAAAUAGCUUUCUGCAUACUUACAAGAAUGCAUAUUACAGUAAUUGUUACACAGUACCGCUGUAAAACUCAUGAUUGUUUCAAUGCUAUCUGUCUUUUAAUGGGUUCAUUAGACCCUCUGUGUGUGUGUGUGUGUGUGUGUGUGUGUGUGUGUGUGUGUGUGUGUGUGUGUGUGUGUGUGUGUGUGUGUGUGUUUGGUGUGUUGCAGAUGGCGAUCACAGAGGGUACCAUGUUGCAAAUAGAAGCUCUGUCUGAAAGCAUCAACAACCUCACAGUAAGCACCAACAUGCACAAGCUGUUACUAAUGAUGUGUGCAGCUAUUGGCCUACCAAAUAUAACUGCUCCUCAUGGCUUGUAACAAAAGUUUGAGACAGUCAGUCAGUCAGUUGGGAAGCUUCAGACAGUAUUUGAGAGGGUAAGAAUCACUGAAACACUACAGAUCUCUGCAAAAAUAAGAAGCUUUAUCGUGAUUGGUGGACAGAAACCUGCUCUGCUAUGUGUCAUGAAGUGCUUCAACUAGUCAGAUGCCAGUUUUGGUUCUUUGACUCCUGACUGAUAGUCAUGUGAGAGUCUGGCCCUAAGGCUUUGGAUAAGAGACUCUACAAACCACUUUUUUGAUGUCUGCCAGCAACAACUCAAAUGAUUAUCUAUUGUGGAGAUAACUGUAUCAUUUGAGUAUUAGGGAAACAUUCACCAUCAUAAAUUCACACUAUUGUUUAUCAUUUUAUCAAAAGUGUCAUUUUGUUGAAGCAAAAAUUUAACUGACAUGGUAUCAAUUAGGGUUGCUGUGGGCAUUAAUAACUCUACUAUCACAAUUAUGAGGUCAAAUAAUGAACUGGAGCCAGCAGCAUCAAGCAAAGCAUCAGAAUAAAGACAAGAACUGGGUUUGCACACUAAGGAAAGCCCUUUUAAAGUUCUCGUAUUCAUGUUUUAUCCAUUUCUAUCUGGUGCAGCCAAAACAGUGAAUAAUAAGGAGAAUAUGCCAAGUGCCAGACAGGCUAGUAGAUCUGGUCAGGCUCUGAACAUGUCUCCUCUUGUUUUUUUCUCUUUGUGCUGAAAUAUAAGCUGCAAAUUAUAGAUUAAGUGUUGCAUAUACAUUUGAAAGAAUGUUUACUUUAUCAUAUUUUAUACUUUUGUUAGAAAGAACAAGCACAUCUUGAGUAGUUUUACCACUCAGAAAUUAAGGCACUUUUACAGUAAGCAGUGUCUACAAUGGUGAAUGAAAUUAAAUGUAAUUAAUAAAAUCAUGAAGCAGACAUAUACCAUACAAUAGGGCUGCACGAAUUUGGCCAAAAAUAAAAUCCUGAUUUUUUUUCUCUGAUAACUCCAUCUUAGAUUUCAAUUUCGACUUUUUAUUUAGUGACAACUUCACCAAAUUUCACUUUAAAACAAAUUGAAGUUUUUCUAUCAUCUCUCAAAACGAAACCACUGAAAACAAUGUAGUGCGUAUGCCAAGCCAGUAAGUGGCACUGUCACACUGCACAGAAAAUGCACAAAAGACAGAAGAAGAGUACAAAACCUGCAUACAAAAGUUGUUUUGGCCAGACACGCGCAGGCGCCAUAAAAGAGAUAAGCUGUGUGUCACAAAUUUUUUUCAAGAAAGAUGCAGAAAGGCAUCCACACAGAGAUGAAAUGGAUGAACGGAUUUAUGCACCCUCUGACCCAUUUUCAAACAAAUACUGUUUACAGCCACUCAAAACGCUUUUACUGUGUCGAUGAAACGCUGAUAUGACAAAAAGCUUUUGCAUUUACUCCUGAAUUUGUUUCCGUGUGGACGGGUUGAUACCGCCUUCAGACAGACUUUGCAGCAGGGAGUGGUUUGCUCUUCAUCCAAAACUGCAAAGCCAUAACAAUUCCACAUGACUGACUUGCUCUUGCCCUAUUUAGCCACGAAAAUAUUGCCUUCUUGUGCAAACGCCAUAUUUGUUUACACUGGUGUGUAUGGGAACUGGGGAGCGCUCUCACAGAAAGGGGGAGCCUACGAUGGCCUGGAGGCGCAAGACACGAUAGAGAGGAAAAUCAAUUUGAUUUUAAUUUUCUUAACAUCGCCAUAAUUAAAUAAUCUGAUUACGAUUAUAAAUCGAUUAAUCGUGCAGCCCUAUCAUGCAACGUGCUCAGGCAGCCUCUUCUAUGGCUCUGCAUUUGCAGCAAUAAUACUGGUAUGUAGAGUUGAUUAUCUGGGUCAGUUAAACAUCCGUAACAUGCUCUGUGGUCAUAUUUCAAGGUACCACUUUAGAUCUUGUGGCUUGUUUGAGUAGCAAGCAAAGGUAGAGGCAACCACUGCAUCAAAUGUUGUCACUGAUGCUGCAGCAAGAAUAGAUAUUAGAUAUUGUUACACAUGAAACGUCCACAAUAACUGCAGGAGAAUAAAGCAAAUACAGAGAUACAGUUGAACAUUCUUAAAUUGGGUAAAUGUACUUUAUUUGUAUGUUGUGUUGGCUCUACAUGCUGCCUUUGUACAAUGAUCACUCAAACAACCUACUAUUUUAAGGCCUGCUAAUGCUGGAGUCUGGGGUGAAAUGGAUUAUGCGCUGAUCUGGGAUGACUCUAAAUUCAUUUGAAUUUAUAAUUGGUGUAGUUUGUAACAAUAAAAUAAUAAUUUGUUGAAAAACUGGACACCUUCUCUGAUUAUUUCUCCUAAAGAAUCAUAUUGACCAAAAAUCCUCAACUCAAAUCUGGCCUCCAUAAUCCAUAAGUCUUAUUUGUUCUGUUUUGCCAAAUAUAAUGGUGCUAAUUUUCUUUUCUAACUGGUCCCAGCUCAAUGGCAGACACCAACUCCCAAGCUCUGUAACCCAUAACUAUUCCCAUGAUGCUUUGCUUCCAGUAUCUGCUCGGCCGAGAUGAGCUGCGGAGGGAGAUGAGACGGUCUCAAACUACAUUAAUCUGAAGAACAAUGAACCGGCACUUCUCACUCACUAAUGCUGUCAGGCAGUCUGACCCUGUACUGUACCUCAAACUCCGGCCUAACACUGCGACCAGAAGCUGACACAUCCUCUUCUACCAGCCGCUGAUACCUCAUGUAACAACUACAUAAAACUACAGAGUGGACAAAGAAACACAAAGGGACUUAUGUGGAAAGCAAUCAAGACUUACUUGAAAUUAUUCUCCAAACUUUCUCUCAUAAUAAACUGAACUUCCUUAAAGCCAUUUGAGGAUUUUUUAUUAUUUUUUUUACCUCCUGUUUUCUAUGCAAUGCUUCCUCUAAUGUUAGUACUGACCAAUGUGUACUGUACUGUAUACUCUGUGUGGGUAUGUUGGUUGGAAAAAUAGGACCACAUUAGCCGUCACUUCUUCUGUCGUAUUCACAUGAUGUACAGCAGACAGCAUUAUCUCCUUUUUUAUGACCUUCUAUGACUAUACAAUUUAAAGUGAUCGCGAGAGACCAUAUUACAUAAUGAAAAUAUUGUUGAGCCAAAUUUUUAAGUGUCAUCAUUUUGAAUUAAGACACACUUUACUGGCAAUAAAUAUGAAUAAAACAAAGUGUGUGCUUUUUGUUUUGUCAGAGCAGUUCUAUCAGAGGCCCUCAAUGGAGACACUGAGGCUGGGUGGGGCAAAAACUUUCCCAUGAUACUUGCAAAAGAAGAAUUGGAUUAUUUCAUUUGAGAAAAAUUAGUAGAGAUGAUCUGUUCAGUCAAACACUCCACCAAAACAACUCUGAAGAGUGCAGACUUGCAAAAUAGAGGACGGAAGAGAAUAACCAGACUUCCUCUGACACAGAUGGUGAUGAUGAUAUGACUGCAUUCAAGCGUGAACGGAAAUGAAGCAAGAUACCAGUAAUACAGUGUAUACAGUUAUUUAGAUGCAGUUUUACCUUUGUUUCGUUUACCCUAUAGCAGAUAUUUCAAACUGUCAAAUGGUUCACCAAUCAUGCAUAUUUGUCACAAUAUAUAUACUAUUAGGGAAGAAAAUACAUGUUCUCAGAAGUACCAUGUUCUGCUGCAUUUUAUGCUUUGGCUUUCCUUUUUUUUUAACUUUUCAUUUUUUUAUUCCUGGGACUGUCUUAUCUCAUGUCAAUCCUGAUCAAGCAGCAAAAUUUUUGUUUGUUUGUUUAUUUGGUGAAAAAGCUGUGACAGACCUACUUGAACCACCCUCCCCAGAACCUAGUGGCAGCAGAUACAUGUAAGUGACCACCUAGUAAACAUAGCGGAUUGUAUUACAGGUACAUGGGACUCCACUGGAUGUUAAUCUGUGUUGACUGGGUCUGGAUAGGUAGAGGAGGAAUGUUUGAUUGCAAUAAUAUCAUAAUAUAAGUUUUAAGUCAGGACAACAUGCCAAUGUGUUUUCUUGACUUGUUCAACUGAACCCAAGAAAAGUCAAGGCUGCUUAAACCAUUUUUCACAUGGGUGUAUAUUUGUUGUGUGUUUAUUUAUUUAUUACCCUCUGAAUGAGCUGAAAAUGAAACUGGUAUGGUUGUGCUCUCAUUUCAGUGAUCACAGACAUAUUCAUCUGGAAAUGCGUUAUAUUCAUGUUUAUUUGACCCUGAGUCCCUCUUGUUCUGUACCUGCAGUACCACAGCCCUGUUGUUGUUGAUGCAGCUCAUCUGUCCGCUUAGAAAGGAAAUAAAAUCUCAAACUUUGAUCCACCAAAUAUGGAUAUAACAGCACAAACAACAACAACAACAGAAAGUUAAUGUAGCAUUGUCAUAAUGUUUGACUGACGAGUUAAAGACACUGAGACGUAAACUUGAGCUUUAGUGAAGGGAUGGAGGAGGUAACCUCAGUCUAAUUUAAGCACAUACACAGUGUUCGUGUUUUACGCAGGCUUUUGUAAACCAAGUGACACUGAAAGAUCCUGCAGCUGGACUACUUUACAUAAAACUGAUGUGCAACUGGUCAGUUUGGAUUCUCAAUAUUGACACUUAUGUAUCUCCUAAUUAUGCAGUCAUCAUUAACCCACAGCCUACAUGAAAAAGUACAGCUUUUACAAACCAAAACUCCACUCUCAUCAUCUUUGUAACCUUAGAAGAGCUCCAGACUAAAAACUCCUGACCCAGUCUUCAUGUCCUCGUUUGUGCUUCUUCCUCCUCGAAGGAGUCAGUUUAACAUUUUGUUUACUCAUCAAACCCUUCAAGCUUACCCUGGUCCCCAAGCUGCUGCUACCUGUUAACUGGUAAGAUGAGUCUUUUGUUGACUUACCUAAAACUCGACAAGUUACAAACACCCCACCCAUGCUGACCGUGUCAGGAGAAACUCCCCCUCCAAACUUGGGAUAGAAAACCUUUAUGCUGCUGUAGGUUCUGUACAGACCAGUAGACUGGGUUUUACAUACUCUGCAGGAAUACACACACUCUGUAUCUCAGCAGGGCAGGAGACAGGAGCAGAGGGCAGGUUGUGGACUUGGAACUACAGAAACAUCUAGACCCAUCCUGGUGAGUAUCUGGAAGCAUUUUUAAUGUGUGUUUUUAAACAUUAGACCAUUUUUUGUUUCUGUUUGAGCGCAGAAGUUGAAAAAGCAAGAGCCAGUAUGUACUUAAUGCAGGAAUAACCUACGUUAUCAAUGAAUGGACAGAAGCAGAGUUACUCUUGCUUAACAAACCAAACACUGGCUGAUGCAUUCAGGUAAUGAUGUGUGAUCUAACAUCAAAGUUGUGUGUUUUUCAAGUGUAUAAGGGAGACCAACCUCUGA